CACAUCUUCGUGAAGGACAUCUCCCCCGAGAGCCUGGCGGCCAGGGACGGAAACAUACAGGAGGGAGACGUAGUACUGAAGGUGAGAGUAGGGAGGGAGGGGAGGAGGGAGGGAGAGGGGGGAGAAUAAGGAAGUCGGGGACGGAAACAUACAGGAGGGAGACGUAGUACUGAAGGUGAGAGUAGGGAGGGAGGGGAGGAGGGAGGGAGGGAGAGGGGGGAGAAUAAGGAAGUCGGGGACGGAAACAUACAUUUACAUUUACGUCAUUUAGCAGACGCUCUUAUCCAGAGCGACUUACAGGAGCAAUUAGGGUUAAGUGCCUUGCUCAAGGGCACAUCGACAGAUUUUUCACCUAGUCGGCUCGGGGAUUAGAACUAGCGACCUUUCGGUUACUGGCACAACGCUCUUAACCACUAAGCAGACGUAGUACUGAAGGUGAGCGUAGGGAGGGAGGGGAGGAGGGAGGGAGAGGGGGGAGAAUAAGGAAGUUGGGGACGGAAAAAUCCUUCGUAGUACAAUACUGAAGGUAAGGAAGGAGAGAAGAGGAGAAGUAAUGGAAUGAGGAUGAUGGAUUUAGCACAUUGUUCUGUAAUCAGAUAAACAUAUGUUAUUCCUCACUAUCUCCUGCACACAGACAAGCUAAUUGGUUGUUUUCUCCAAGCUCUGUAUAUUUGAGUUAUUUCUUGCCAUUUGUAACUAAUUGGUUAUUUCCUCUCAGAUCAACGGCACGGUGACAGAGAACCUGUCGUUGAUAGACGCUAAGAAGCUGAUUGAGAGGUCAAAGGGCAAGCUGAAGAUGGUGGUGCAGAGAGACGAGAGAGCUACGCUGCUGAACAUACCAGACCUGGACGACAGCAUCCCAUCAGCCAACGCCUCCGACAGAGAUGGUGAGGGACACUACAUAGCUGUGUGUGUGUGUGUGUGUGUGUGUGUGUGUGUGUGUGUGUGUGUGUGUGUGUGCGUGUGCGUGUGUGUGCGUGUGCGUGUGCGUGUGCGUGUGCGUGUGCGUGUGCGUGUGCGUGCGCGUGCGCGUGCGCGUGCGCGUGCGUUGUUUCGUAAUGCUGGAAAAGGGUAAAUGCUGUAGGGUCGUGGGUGUACAUACAUUGUGCUGAAAGGGAAAGCCCCGUCAAAGUUGAAAUACACAACAACAUGUACUUUCAUAUUCCAGGACCACCCAUAUGUUAAAUGUAUGCACACAUGACCGUUAUUCACUUUGGUUGAAAGUAUCUGCUAAAUGGCAUCAUUAGAUUAUUCAUAUGUUGUUGAAUAUUAUUUUAAUUUUUUUUGUGUUUGAACAACAGACAUUUCAGAUAUCCAUUCGGUGGCGUCCGACCAUUCCAACCGAUCCCAUGACAGACAUCGUAGCAGCCGUUCCCGCUCCCCUGACAGGCGCUCUGAACCCUCCGACCACUCCAGACCCUCCCCUCCACAGAUCAGCAACGGCAGGUAAACACCACAACACCUGGCUGCACAGUACACUGAUCUCUCUGCCGUUGUAAUCCUCGGGCCUAAACGUAUUCAAUGUACGUACGUUUUCAGGAUGGAAGAACGCUUUCAAUGUAAACUUAAACGACUAAAACCAGAUAUAAAGUAUGUAGAUAAUAUAAUGGAGCUAUAAAUGUGGAAUUACAGGAAAUUAGCUAUAAAACUGCAACAGUUUCUCUCAGCUCCAUGGAGAAAUUUCUAGAAUAGCAGGAAACUGUCUCUAGAUGGGGCCCUCUAAAAUUCACUCCCACCACCUGAGCCCCUUUUCGAUCCAGAACAAACCCUGCAGUAGAACUCAAAGGCUCUUUGGCUGCGUUUACACAGGCAGACCAAUUCUGAUAUUUUUCCACUAAUUGGUCUUAUGACCCAUCAGAUCAGAUCUUUUGCCAAUAUUUGAGCAAAAUAUCAGAAUUGGGCCUGCCUGUGUAAAGGCAGCCUUUGCGCUGCUUUGACAUUCUAAACGAGUGGGCAAAACAUUUCGAACAGUUUUGACGCUGAAAACUGAGAUGUUUUUAAGGUUUUGUUAAUUGUCUUUAUUGUCCUGUUUUAGUUUUUUGCCCCCUUAACAAAGACACUUCAGUUGGAGAAUACCGUAAGUUGGACAGCCCUUUCCCUAGGAGCUCACUGUAUAGAGCCCACCAUAUAGAGCCCACCGUAUAGAGCCCACCGCAUAGAGCCCACCGUAUAGAGCCCACCGUAUAGAGCCCACCGUAUAGAGCCCACCGCAUAGAGCCCACUGCAUAGAGCCCACCGCAUAGAGCCCACCGCAUAGAGCCCACCGCAUAGAGCCCACCGUAUAGAGCCCACCGCAUAGAGCCCACCGCAUAGAGCCCACCGUAUAGAGCCCACCGCAUAGAGCCCACCGCAUAGAGCCCACCGCAUAGAGCCCACCGUAUAGAGCCCACCGUAUAGAGCCCACCGUAUAGAGGCCACCGCAUAGAGCCCACCGCAUAGAGCCCACCGUAUAGAGCCCACCGCAUAGAGCCCACCGUAUAGAGCCCACCGCAUAGAGCCCACCGUAUAGAGCCCACCGUAUAGAGCCCACCGUAUAGAGCCCACCGUAUAGAGCCCACCGCAUAGAGCCCACCGUAUAGAGCCCACCGCAUAGAGCCCACCGUAUAGAUGCCACCGUAUAGAGGCCACCGUAUAGAGGCCACCGUAUAGAGGCCACCGUAUAGAGCCCACCGUAUAGAGCCCACCGUAUAGAGCCCACCGUAUAGAGCUCACCGUAUAGAGCUCACCGUAUAGAGCCCACCGUAUAGAGCCCACCGCAUAGAGGCCACCGCAUAGAGGCCACCGUAUAGAGGCCAUAGAGCCCACCGCAUAGAGCUCACCGCAUAGAGCCCACUGUAUAGAGCCCACCGCAUAGAGCCCACCGUAUAGAGCCCACCGCAUAGAGCCCACCGUAUAGAGCCCACCGCAUAGAGCUCACCGCAUAGAGCCCACCGUAUAGAGCCCACCGUAUAGAGCCCACCGUAUAGAGCCCACCGUAUAGAGGCCACCGUAUAGAGCUCACCGUAUAGAGCCCACCGUAUAGAGCCCACCGUAUAGAGCCCACCGUAUAGAGGUCACCGUAUAGAGCCCACCGCAUAGAGCCCACCGCAUAGAGCCCACCGCAUAGAGCUCACCGCAUAGAGCCCACCGUAUAGAGCCCACCACAUAGAGCCCACCGUAUAGAGCCCACCGCAUAGAGCCCACCGUAUAGAGGCCACCGUAUAGAGCCCACCGUAUAGAGCUCACCGUAUAGAGCCCACCGUAUAGAGCUCACCGUAUAGAGCCCACCGCAUAGAGCCCACCGUAUAGAGCCCACCGUAUAGAGGCCACCGUAUAGAGGCCACCGUAUAGAGGCCACCGUAUAGAGGCCACCGUAUAGAGGCCACCGUAUAGAGGCCACCGUAUAGAGGCCACCGUAUAGAGCUCACCGCAUAGAGCCCACCGCAUAGAGCCCACCGUAUAGAGCCCACCGUAUAGAGCCCACCGCAUAGAGGCCACCGCAUAGAGGCCACCGCAUAGAGGCCACCGCAUAGAGGCCACCGCAUAGAGGCCACCGCAUAGAGGCCACCGCAUAGAGGCCACCGCAUAGAGGCCACCGCAUAGAGGCCACCGUAUAGAGGCCACCGUAUAGAGCUCACCGUAUAGAGCCCACCGUAUAGAGCUCACCGUAUAGAGCUCACCGUACUUGGUAUCUGACAGAAUAGUAACUAGAUUCAUACAUAGAAUAGAUUAGUAGAUGGAUUAGUACCCCAUGUAGAUCGUAUAAAGCUUAUGAAUUUAGAUGAAUUCAAAAUACCCCUAUAUUUCUCCCCUUUCUACAGAUAAGGAUGACCUAUAACCACUAAAUCAAAGCCAUUUCAAUAAAGAAUACAUCUCUGGCCUGAAUACUGCUGGUUAUAGUAACGUGGGUGUGUGUGUUUUUGAAUGUGAUAAAUUUUUUAGGAAUCCUUUAUGUUUGACAGUGAGGCUGAUAUCAGGAAAUCAGUGCUCAGUUAACAGUCAUGGUUUUACACUGUCACACACACGGCACAUGCUGUACAUCAGUUAUUGAGGGCCGGGUCUUGUUCUGUCUCAGGACUCCAACAGGGCCACUGUCCCUGCCCUGUGUAAGUUGUCACACCAUCUCACUCUGUGUGUCUAGCGUCUUUUUGGAGUGUGAUGAGAGAGCGCACGUUUGGCACACAAGGACAAAACGCCUUUUAACAACGGGCCGUCAUUCACUGUUGAUGUGACACUAGUCCCUGUGGAUUGUGGGUGAGCGAUUGCCUGUUUCACCAGUUUGUCUUGUGAGGUCAAAGUGGGAACAUGAUAGCAGGUUAAGACACAAAGAAGAAGAGGACAUGUUUAAGGAAUCUAGUCAGUACUAUUUUGGCUGUGAAGGAUUUUAGUGAGUUUGAGACUGUAGAGUUGAGUUAUUGAGGGGAGGAGAGGGAAAGGGGAGAGGAGAGGUUAGGGCAGAUUGAUUUAUCGGGGGUCUGGUCUGUGAGUGACCCCGGGUCGUAAUCAUUAGUGCACACAGUAGCAGAACGUUCUGCAAGGAAAAUUACAGUUACUUAUUGUUCAGGUACAGAGGGGUCCGAAAAUCAACAUUUUGAAAUGGCCAUCUCAGUCUCCGAACGUAACUCAAACUCAAAAUAAGCCAUUCUAUUCUUUAGGAAAUGUAUUUUAUAUUAGUCUUAUAAUGUUUCUUAGGACCGGCCUAAAACACAUUAAUAAUGGGCUUCUUUGUGAUGGAUGUAUAUUCAAUGGAUUUAUUCAAAUAGAUGUCCACCCACAUCGGCCCACGUCUAUUCCCACGCCUACAGUUGCCGGCAUGUGCACGGGAGAUAUAAAAGUCUUAACCCGGCAUGAAUGUGGUACAAAUGGGACUGUAUGAAUUGGGAAAAAAAAAAAAAAAACAUUUCCAAAUUGUGUUUUUACAGGCAACAUACUGUAAAGUCUGUCUGUAAAGGGUAUUAGUGAAUACACCGUUGUUUUUCAGUAAGUUCCGGAAGGUUAGUGGUAAUCUGCUCCAGGGGCGCUGUAAUACUAUGGCUGACCCUGUAACAGAACACAUUUCACUGCACCUACCCAGUGUAUGUGACAAUAAAUCAUCUAUUUCUUUAGUUAUUUUUUGUCAUGUAAGGAGGGAGGUUGGAGCUGCUCCAUGCUUCUGAUCUCUCUGACUAGAGGGCACUGGCACCACCAUACCACACCUCUCAUCACUGACCUCGGUUCCCUGUUUCCCUACCCAACAACAGAACCUGUGGUUAACUGAUUCUCUCUGUGUUCCAACCCAACAACAGAACCUGUGGUUAACUGAUUCUCUCUGUGUUCCAACCCAACAACAGAACCUGUGGUUAACUGAUUCUCUCUGUGUUCCAACCCAACAACAGAACCUGUGGUUAACUGAUUCUCUCUGUGUUCCAACCCAACAACAGAACCUGUGGUUAACUGAUUCUCUCUGUGUUCCAACCCAACAACAGAACCUGUGGUUAACUGAUUCUCUCUGUGUUCCAACCCAACAACCGAACAUGUGGUUAACUGAUUCUCUCUGUGUUCCUACCCAACAACAGAACCUAGGCUCACUGAUUUCUACGCUGAUUUCACUGAUUUAACAGAUUUUCUUCACAGAUUUCACCGCUUAAAACUUUAAAACAGAAUAUAUGUUUAUUGUGAGUGAUCAUCUGAAGAAAACUGUUUGUUGGCCUUGUCCCAGAUCAGUUAUGCUCUAUAGCCAACUCCUAUGGUGGUCAUUAUCACGCCAAAUGACAAUAGGAAUUGGCAAGACAUCAGAAGCAUCUCUUGGACCAGGCUGUAUGGUUGUUGCAGUUUGGGAUGAAUCAUUCUGACCUCAGCGUUAAUAAUCUGUGUUUGUCCAACAUUUAUUGGUUCUCAGCCAGAGGCACACAGUGAAGUGCACCUGGAGUACACAGAAGCAAGAUCCUGCGGAAGCAUAGCGCGUAGAUACGAGGAGAGCAGAGGGAUAGAGAUCGGAGACCGAGAUGAUAGAGCUCUCUCUCAUAUCCUCUAUCCUCUCUCUCUCUCUAUAUAUCUAUCUCUCUCUCUCUCUCUCGCUCUCUCUAGUCUCUCCUCUAUCUCUCUCCUCUCUCUCUCUCUCUCUCUCUCUCUCCUCCCCGCCUCCAUCACCUCAGAUAUGCCUCUAAAAAUAGAGUACAAAGGAGGAGAAACACAGAUCGGUGACCUUCGAGGCCACAGUGCAGCCACACACAAGGUGGCAGGUAGCCUAGCGAUUUAGAGCGUUGAGCCAGUAACCCAAAUGUUGCUAGUUCGAAUCCCUGAGCUGACAAGGUGAACAAUCUGUCGGUGCCCUUGAGCAAGGCACUUAACCCUAAUUGCUCUAGGAUUGUCAUUGAUAAUGGCAGACCUUGGCCGUGACCCCACUCUCUGAGGGUGUCUCAGGAAGUUGGGAUAUGCAAAAACACAUUGCAGUAGGACGGAUAAAAGCACCCAACAAAUUAUUAUUAUUAUUAUUAUUAUUUUAUUUCCUUCUAAUCUCUAUGGCCUUUACAUGUUGUCCACUGCAGUUAAUUUUUUUUGAGAAGCAUACAGUAUUUAUAAGCAUACAGAUGUACAGUAUUUGUUGUAUUGUAUCACAUCCCUGGUCCUGGGUUGGCUCAGUUGCUAAGCGUUUGGCACGAACAAUGCCAAGCCAGUUCCUGGUUUCAAUUCCCGCAGGGAUCACCUAGCAAAUGCAUGAAAUGUAUUAAACAAAAACAACAACUAAAAGGUCCCUUUUUUGGGGGGGGGGGGUCUCCAGUCACAGAAGUCGUGAGGAGGAGAGGAUCUCGAAGCCGACAGCGGUACCAGGCAAGCUAGCGGAGGAGCUUCCUGCCCUGCCCAAGCCCCUGGAGCAGCCGGUCACCAGGGAGGAGAAACCGCUACCACCCCUACCAGGUCAGAAACACCGCCAGUAACUGGUAGACCUAACCAAACCCCUAACCACUAAUCUUUUAGGGGGAGGCAAGCUUGCAACUGGAAAACCGCCGGUUCAAAUCCCAAGUCAAACAUGAAACAAUCUGGUGGGAUUCUAGGUAUCCUAGAUGCUCCCUGCCUUUGUGCCCUUGAGGAAGACACUUUAAAGGGGCAAUCUGUGAUUGCUACAUCAAUUUUUGGACUUUUAAAUUCAUUUUAUAUACCUAUUGAUUCUUGAAGAAUAUAACUUAUACAUGCCGUAUGAGUAGGGUUGCAAAUGGAGGGUAUAUUACUGAAAACGUUCAACGUUUACCAGUAAACUACCAAAAUGAGUUUUCUUUUAUUACAUCUAGUGGCCUUUUUGGGUACUUCAGAUUAUCACAGGUGUGUAUCUCUGGCCAAAUAUAUAAAAUAAUACAAUACGAUGAUUUUAAAAUGUAAAACAUUAUGACAAAGCUGUAAAUCAUUAUUCUAAAUAUAAACCAUACACUUGUAUUUAUUUUACUAUGUCAAUAUGUCUUUGUUGUAAAUGUUUUUGUCGCCAAACUGGUCAAUAGUCGGAAGACUUUAAUUGAAAAUAAUACCAUUGUUGAUUUAGAUACUUUUUUCAUUAAUUUGGCUAUUUUCUCUUGAACCAUGUUGUCUAUCCACUAGAAACUCAUGGACAAUAUGGACACAGAUAUACAAAACUAAUACUAUAUAUGAAUACAUUUUUUAAAAAAGUUAUUCAAGUAUAAAUUACCCAGGUUACCAAAAUUGCAGAAGAUUCCGGUAACUUUGGUAAAUUACCGGUAUCUUUGCAACCCUACUCAUGAACUUAGUUCAACUGUUGUACCCAAUCAGAACCCAACAUAUAAGUUUGUUUUACUCUAUUGCUUGUAAACAAUGUCAUUAUAAACACAAACUGUAUAGCUUAAAUAUAUAUAUAUAUAUAUAUAUAUAUAUAUAUAUAUAUAUAUAUAUAUAUAUAUAUAUAUAUAUAUAUAUAUAUAUAUAUAUAUAUAUAUAUAUAUACAUACACACUUCAAAAGUUUGGGGUCACUUAGAAAUGUCCUUGUUUUCUAUGAAAACAUACAUGAAAUGAGUUUGAAUAGGAAAUAUAGCCAAAAUGAAUAGGAAAUGUAGUCAUUGACAAGGUUAGAAAUAAUGUUUUUUUUUAAAUUGAAAUAAUAAUUGUGUCCUUCAAACUUUGCUUUCGUCAAAGAAUCCUCCAUUUGCAGCAAUUACAGCCUUGCAGACCUUUUGGCAUUCUAGUUGUCAAUUUGUUGAGGUAAUCUGAAGAGAUUUCACCCCAUGCUUCCUGAAGCACCUCCCACAAGUUGGAUUGGCUUGAUGGGCACUUCUUACGUACCAUACGGUCAAGCUGCUCCCACAACAGCUCAAUAGGGUUGAGAUCCGGUGACUGUGCUGGCCACUCCAUUAUAGACAGAAUACCAGCUAACUGCUUCUUCCCGAAAUAGUUCUUGCAUAGUUUGGAGCUGUGCUUUGUCCUGUUGUAGGAGGAAAUUGGCUCCAAUCAAGCGCCGUCCACAGGGUAUGGCAUGGCAUUGCAAAAUGGAGUGAUAGCCUUCCUUCUUCAAGAUCCCUUUUACCCUGUACAAAUCUCCCACUUUACCACCACCAAAGCACCCCCAGACCAUCACAUUGCCUCCACCAUGCUUGACAGAUGGCAUCAAGCACUCCUCCAGCGUCUUUUCAUUUGGUCUGCGUCUCACAAAUGUUCUUCUUUGUGAUCCGAACACCUCAAACUUUGAAUCGUCUGUCCAUAACUUUUUGUUCCCAAUCUUCCUCUGUCCAGUGUCUGUGUUCUUUUGCCAAGCUUAAUCUUUUAUUUUUAUUGGCCAGUCUGAGAUAUGGCUUUUUCUUUGCAACUAUGCCUAGAAGGUCAGCAUCGCGGAGUCGCCUCUUCACUGUUGAAGUUGAGACUGGUGUUUUGCGGGUACUAUUUAAUGAAGCUGCCAGUUGAGGACCUGUGAGGCGUCUGUUUCUCAAACUAGACACUCUAAUGUAUUUGUCCUCUUGCUCAGUUGUGCACCGGAGCCUCCCACUCCUCUUUCUAUUCUGGUUAGAGCCAGUUUGCGCUGUUCUGUGAAGGGAGUUGUACACAGCGUUGUACGAGAUCUUCAGUUUCUUGGCAAUUUCUCGCAUGGAAUAGCCUUCAUUUCUCAGAACAAGAAUAGACUGACGAGUUUCAGAAGAAAGUUAUUUGUUUCUGGCCAUUUUGAUCCUGUAAUCGAACCCACAAUUGCUGAUGCUCCAGAUACUCAACUAGUCUCAAGAAGGCCAGUUUUAUUGCUUCUUUAAUCAGCACAACAGUUUUCAGCUGUGCUAACAUAAUUGCAAAAGGAUUUUGUAAUGAUCAAUUAGCCUUUUAAAAUGAUAAACUUGGAUUAGCAAACACAACGUGCCAUUGGAACACAGGACUGAUGGUUGCUGAUAAUGGGCCUCUGUACGCCUAUGUAGAUAUUCCAUUAAAAAUCAGCAGUUUCCAGCUACAAUAGCCAUUUACAACAUUAACAAUGUCUACACUGUACAGUUGUGGUCAAAAGUUUUGAGAAUGACACAAAUACUAAUUUUCACAAAGUCUGCUGCCUCAGUUUUGAUGAUGGCAAUUUGCAUAUACUCCAGAAUGUCAUGAAGAGUGAUCAGAUGUAUUGCAAUUAAUUGCAAAGUCCCUCUUUGCCAUGAAAAUGACCUUAAUCCCCCAAAAAAACAUUUCCACUGCAUUUCAGCCCUGCCACAAAAGGACCAGCUGCCAUCAUGUCAGUGAUUCUCUCGUUAACACAGGUGAGAAUGUUGACGAGGACAAGGCUGGAGAUCACUCUGUCAUGCUGAUUGAGUUAGAAUAACAGACUGGAAGCUUUAAAAGGAGGGUGGUGCUUGAAAUCAUUGUUCUUCCUCUGUUAACCAUGGUUACCUGCAAGGAAACAUGUGCCGUCAUCAUUGCUUUGCACAAAAAGGGCUUCACAGGCAAGGAUAUUGCUGCUAGUAAGAUUGCACCUAAAUCAACCAUUUAUCGGAUCAUCAAGAACUUCAAGGAGAGAGGUUCAAUUGUUGUGAAGAAGGCAUCAGGGUGCCCAAGAAUGUCCAGCAAGCGCCAGGACCGUCUCCUAAAGUUGAUUCAGCUGCGGGAUCGGGGCACCACCAGAGCUUGCUCAGGAAUGGCAGCAUGCAGGUGUGAGUGCAUCUGCACGCACAGUGAGGCAAAGACUUUUGGAGGAUGGCCUGGUGUCAAGAAGGGCAGCAAAGAAGCCACUUCUCUCUAGGAAUAACAUCAGGGACAGACUGAUAUUCUGCAAAAGGUACAGGGAUUGGACUGCUGAGGACUGGGGUAAAGUCAUUUUCUCUGAUGAAUCCCCUUUCAGAUUGUUUGGGGCAUCCGGAAAACACCUUGUCCGGAGAAGACAAGGUGAGCGCUACCAUCAGUCCUGUGUCAUGCCAACAGUAAAGCAUCCUGAGACCAUUCAUGUGUGGGGUUGCUUCUCAGCCAAGGGAGUGGGCUCACUCACAAUUUUGACUAAGAACACAUCCAUGAAUAAAGAAUGGUACCAACACAUCCUCCGAGAGCAACUUCUCCCAACCAUCCAAGAACAGUUUGGUGACGACCAAUGCCUUUUCCAGCAUGAUGGAGCACCUUGCCAUAAGGCAAAAGUGAUAACUAAGUGGCUCGGGGAACAAAACAUCAACAUUUUGGGUCCAUGGCCAGGAAACUCCCCAGACCUUAAUCCCAUUGAGGACUUGUGGUCAAUCCUCAAGAGGCGGGUGGACAAACAAAAACCCACAAAUUCUGACAAACUCCAAGCAUUGAUUAUGCAAGAAUGGGCUGCCAUCAGUCAGAAUGUGGCCCAGAAGUUAACUGACAGCAUGCCAGGGCGGAUUGCAGAGGUCUUGAAAAAGAAGAGUCAACACUGCAAAUAUUGACUCUUUGCAUAAACUUAAUGUAAUUGUCAAUAAAAGCCUUUGACACUUAUGGAAUGCUUGUAAUUAUACUUCAGUAUACCAUAGUAACAUCUGACAAAAAUAUCUCAUAACACUGAAGCAGCGAACUUUGUGAAGACCAAUACUUGUGUCAUUCUCAAAACUUUUGACCGCGACUGUAUUUCUGAUCUAUUUUAUUUUAUUUUAAUGGACAAUAAAAUUGCUUUUCUUUCGAAAACAAGGACAUUUCUAAGUGACCACAAACCAUUGAACGGUAGUGUAUAUCAAAUUGAUAUCAUGGAUGGUCAGUCCUUGCAUCCACAGCUCUGUCUGUUAAUCUGAGAGUGGGUACAUUUCUCCAUCCCCAUCACUCUGCUUUUUACCAAAACAGUGGCAGGGUGUCACUUUGUUAUUGUUUGAACAGCAGAUUGCCCCUUUAAGCCAUAAAACUGUUAUAGCCUAGCUACCAAGGUUACAUCUAAAAGCUUGCUAUGCUGACACUGCUAUGUGCGUGCUGAGCUGGGCUGAGGCUGCCAGCCUAGAGUUAGUUGGUUAUAAACAGUGUGACUUGAUGGACUCUGACGUUUCUCCUCCUGCCCUGCAGCCAGCAGCCUGCUGCAUGUCUCUAUGACCUCCCAGCUCAGGACACAAUGUACUGUGUUGGUGUGUGUGUGUGUGUGUGUGUGUGUGUGUGUUGUGUGGGUGUGUGUGUGUGUGUGUGUUUUGUGUGUGGUGUGUUGUGUGUGUGUGUGUGUGUGUGUGGUUGUGUGUGUGUGUGUGUGUGUGUGGGGAUGUGAGACAGGGCACACACAUUUUUUACCUUUAUAUUUCCCUCAUACCCGUGUGUUAAUUAGGUGAGUGUGAAGGCUAGAUGGUCUCUAAACCUGCGUCCAUCGGGACAUCCUUCACUCUCUUGGGUAAAAGUGAUGGGUUUGUAACAGCACCAACCGUACAGUUAUGUUGUUGUGUUUCAAGCCCAAGAUAUUGCCCAGCCAGCCACCCAUGUGGACCCCGCCAGUCAGCCCCUCGGCCCCUGUUCCCACCUGCCCUGAUACACAUUCUACGGUAUUAAAUGCUAUUCACCUGUCUCUAACUAACCUACGGUACGGUACCCCCCCAACCUCCCGUCCGGCCAUAUUUCGACAAAUAAAGUUUUUAAAAUUCAAUGAUCUUGGCAGGGGACUCAAUAAAUAGGGGGGGCGGGACUUAGUGGUUAAGAGCGUUGUGCCCGUAACCAAAGGUCGCUGGUUCAAUCCCCGCCGACUAUUGAAAAAACUGUCGUGUGCCCUUACAAGGCACUUUCCCCCAAAUUUCUCCUGUAAAAAUGCUCUGGAUAAAAGCGUCUGCUAAAUGACAAAAAAAUUAAAAAAAUGAAUUCCAGAAGGGACAAAACCCCUUUGACCUUGACUUGAAGGGGGUACCAUUUUAGAAGUCUAUUUUUUGGGUGACCAAAAGAAAAAUUUACAGAGGGGCCCUUAACUGCCUAUAAAUGCCAUAACUGCCCUUUUGCGGGCUUUAACGGGCUUUAAAAGGUCUUUAACUGCUUUAACUGCUUUAAAAACCCUCUUUAACGUUCUUUAACCGUCUUCAACAGUCUUUAACUGUCUUUAACUGCUUAGCGUCUUUACGCUUGAACUGUCUUGAACGUCUUUAAAAAACCCUCUUUUAAAGGGCUUUAGCGGUCUUUAAAAGGGCUUUAAAAUGUCUUUUUUUUUUCCCCCUCCCACCCUGUGCCUCACUCCCCAGGGCCAAUUUAAACUGGUAAAUUUAAAAAAGGGGGAGAGUGUGGGGCUAGGCUGGCAGGGGGGAACGAUGUGGGCAUCUUUGUAGCAGGAGUCCUGGAGGAUAGCCCAGCAGCUAAGGAGGGACUGGAGGAAGGGGACCAGCUUCUCAGGGUGAGACAAGAUACAUCAGCAACUACACACUCACUACAGCCACACUAAGGUUGUCGGUUCAAUUUCCACAGGGAUCAAAUAAUGUAUGCACUCACUGUACUAUAAAUUGCUUGGGUUAGAAUUGUUUGCUGUGUCAAUAUGAUCCCCAUCAAAAUGACAUGCUGUGUAGCCUAACGUGUAAAUGACAUGCUGUGUAGCCUAACGUGUAAAUGACAUGCUGUGUAGCCUAACGUGUAAAUGACAUGCUGUGUAGCCUAACGUUGUAAAUGACAUGCUUGUGUACCUAACGUGUAAAUGACAUGCUGUGUAGCCUAACGUGUAAAUGACAUGCUGUGUAGCCUAACGUGUAAAUGACAUGCUGUGUAGCCUAACGUGUAAAUGACAUGCUGUGUAGCCUAACGUGUAAAUGACAUGCUGUGUAGCCUAACGUGUAAAUGACUUGCUGUGUAGCCUAACGUUUAAAUGACAUGCUGUGUAGCCUAACGUGUAAAUGACAUGCUGUGUAGCCUAACAUGUUAAUGACAUGCUGUGUAGCCUAACGUGUUAAUGACAUGCUGUGUAGCCUAACGUGUAAAUGACAUGCUGUGUAGCCUAACGUGUAAAUGACAUGCUGUGUAGCCUAACGUGUAAAUGACAUGCUGUGUAGCCUAACGUGUUAAUGACAUGCUGUGUAGCCUAACGUGUUAAUGACAUGCUGUGUAGCCUAACGUGUAAAUGACAUGCUGUGUAGCCUAACGUGUUAAUGACAUGCUGUGUAGCCUAACGUGUAAAUGACAUGCUGUGUAGCCUAACGUGUAAAUGACCAUGCUGUGUAGCCUAACGUGUAAUGACAUGCUGUGUAGCCUAACGUGUUAUGACAUGCUGUGUAGCCUAACGUGUAAAUGACAUGCUGUGUAGCCUAACGUUUAAAUUACAUGCUGUGUAGGGCCCAACGUGUAAAUGACAUGCUGUGUAGCCUAACUUUUAAAAUUUACAUGCUGGUACCUAACGUGAAAAAUGACUGCUGGGGAAACCCUUUUAACGUUUUAAAAUGAAUUUUGAAAGCCAACGUUUAAAUGCCCUUCUGUGUACCUAACGUGAAAAAUGACAUGCUGUGUGCCUAACGUGUUAAUGAAAAUGGGGGGUAGCCUAAGUGUAAAUGACAUGUGGGGGUACCAACGUUUUUAAUGACAGGGCCGUGUACCCCAAACGUGUUAAUGACAUCCCCGUUAGCCUAACGUGUAAAUGACAUGCUGUGUAGCCUAACGGGUUUUAAUGACUUUCUGUGUACCAAACGUGUUAAUGACAUGCGGGUUACCAACUUUAAAAAAUGACAUGCUGGUAGCCUAACGUUAAAUGACAUCCCGUGUAGCCAACCCUUUUAAUUCCAUGCUGUGUAGCCAACUUUGUAAAAAAAAAAAAGCUUGUAGCCAAACGGGGAAAUUACUCUGGGUACCAACGUGUAAAUACAUGGGGUGUCCCCUAACAUGAAAAUUCUAGGUCAAACGUGAAUUUAAUCAAGGGCUACUGAAUUUCACUGCACAGAAACCCAAAAUUUUUAAUUUUGCCACUGGAAUGAAAAAAAAUACUUAAAAACUGAGAGGGUUUCAAAACUACAAAACUGUGAUGACACAGUAAAGCAGUAUACAAGCUACCAAAAUAAACUGGGAACCCUAGCAAAUGGGUUUACAGGGCUUGGGUUUCAGGGGCAUUGGUUUUUCAGGGCAAAUUGGGGGUUUCCCGGGCCUUGGGUUUUUCAGGGCAUUGGUUUUAAAAGGGCAUUUGGGUUUUUAGGGGAUUGGGUUUUCCCGGGCAUUUUGGUUUUCGGGGAUUUGGGUUUAACCCCCGGGGAUUGGUGGGAGCCCCCAAGUGGAAGCCUAUUCCCUCCCCCCAGCCCCUCCUGCCUCAUCCCCCACCUCCCCCCCCCCCCUCCUCCCUCCUCCCCCUCCCCCCUCCCUCCUCCAACCCCUCCUCUCUCCUCCCCCCCCCCCAAAAACCCCUCCUCCCUCCCCCCUCCCCUCCCCCUCCACCCCCUCCUCUCUCCCCCCCCCCCCAAAACCCCUCCUCCCUCCUCCCCCCCCCUCCUCCCCCCCCCCUCCUCCAACCCCUCCUCUCUCCUCCCCCCCCCAACCCCCCCCCCCCUCCCCCUCCCUCCAACCCCCCUCCCCUCCUCCCCUCCCCCCUCCCCCCCCCAAACCCCUCCUCCACCCCUCCUCCCCUCCUCCCCCCCCCUCCCUCCUCCAACCCCUCCUCCCCCCUCCACCCCCUCCCCCCCCCCUCCCCUCCCCCCUCCCCCUCCAACCCCCCCUCCCCCCUCCCCACCCCCCCCCUCCCCUCCCUCCUCCCCCCCCAACCCCUCCCCCCCCUCCCCCCCCCUCCCCCCUCCCUCCUCCAACCCCCCCUCCCCUCCCCCCCCUCCAACCCCUCCUCCCCUCCCUCCUCCCUCCUCCACCCCCUCCCCCCUUCCCCCUCCCUCCUCCCCCCUCCAACCCCUCCUCCCUCCCCCCCUCCCUCCCCCCCCCCAACCCCCCCCCCUCCCUCCCCCAAACCCCCCCUCCCUCCUCCCCUCCCCCCCCCAAACCCCCCCCCCUCCUCCACCCCCCCCCCCCCUCCCCCCCUCCCCUCCCCCUCCCCCUCCCCCCUCCCCACCCCCCCCCCCCUCCCCCCCUCCCCCUCCUCCCUCCUCCCUCCUCCAACCCCCCCUCUCUCCCCUCCACCCCCCCCCUCCCCCCUCCCCCUCCCCCUCCAACCCCUCCUCCCCUCCCCCCACCUCCCCCCUCCCCCCUCCUCCCUCCCCAACCCCUCCCUCCCUCCUCCCCCCCCCCCCCUCCUCCCCUCCCUCCUCCCCCUCCAACCCCCUCCCCUCCUCCCCCCUCCCCCCCCCCCCCUCCUCCCUCCUCCCUCCCCCCCCCUCCUCCCUCCCCCCUCCCUCCCCCCCCCCUCCCCCUCCCCCCCCCCCCCCCCCCCCCCCUCCCUCCUCCCUCCCCCAAACCCCUCCCCCCCCCCCUCCCCCCCCCCCCCCCUCCUCCCUCCCCCAACCCCUCCCCCCUCCUCCCCCCCCCCCCCCCCUCCCUCCUCCCCUCCCUCCUCCCCCCUCCUCCCCCUCCUCCCCCCCCUCCUCCCUCCUCCAACCCCUCCUCCCUCCUCCCCACCUCCCCCCUCCUCCCUCCUCCCUCCCCAACCCCUCCUCUCUCCCCCCCCCCCAACCCCUCCUCCCCCCCCUCCCCCCCCCUCCAACCCCUCCUCCCCCCUCCCCUCCCCCCCCCUCCUCCCCCCCCUCCUCCCCUCCUCCACCCCCUCCCUCCUCCACCCCCCCUCUCCUCCCCUCCCUCCCCCCCCCCAAACCCCUCCUCCCUCCCCCUCCCCAACCCCCCCCCCUCCCCCUCCCCCCCUCCCCCCCCCCAACCCCCUCCUCCCUCCUCCCCCAAACCCCCCCCUCCCCCCCUCCCUCCUCCCCCCCCCAACCCCCCUCCCCCCUCCCCCCCCCCCCUCCCCCCUCCCCCCCUCCCUCCUCCCCUCCCUCCUCCCCCUCCUCCCUCCUCCCCUCCCUCCCCCAAACCCCCCUCCUCCCUCCCCACCCCUCCCCCCCUCCCCCCCCUCCUCCCUCCCCCAACCCCUCCUCCCUCCUCCAACCCCUCCUCCCCCCACCACCUCCCCCCCUCCUCCCUCCCCCUUUUCCUCCUCCCCCCUCCCCCCCCCCCCCUCCCCACCUCCCCCCCCUCCCCCCCUCCUCCUUCCUCCUCCCUCCCCCCCCAUCCUCCCCCCCCACCACCUCCCCCCCCCCCCCCUCCCUCCUCCUCCUCCCCCUUAUCUCUGCGAGCAAAGUGAAAAUGGCGUGGGUCUUAAUUGGGGGUGAAGUCCCAGGCAAUGCAAAAGGGCUAGACAAAAGAUUUUGUGGAUUUUUUAGACAUGAAACCCAAAACACCCCCUUUUAAACUCCAAAACUGAUGUUUUUGAACGGGGCCCCGGGUCUUAAAGAGCUGUCAUGCUACCUUUUACAAACUGUAGUACCCUGCAUAUUUUGAACCCUCAAUCUUUUCCCAGGCCAAGAGUUAACACUUAUUCACACAACCCUUUAGAUGUCCUCGAUGCUUUCCAAGGCCCACAUCAUCAUCAUCAUCAUCAUCAUGUUCAACGUGACAAGGAACAUGUAUUGGGGCGUGUCUUUUUAUAGAUUCUAAAACCAAAACCUAGGCUUAAAUCUCCUUUCCCCUGGUCACCGUUGGACAUUAGUGGACAUUGAAGUAACCUUCCUAUCUUCUUCCUCCUUUUUUCCCAGGUUAAAAUUGGAUUUUUGCUAAUAUAAACAGAGAAGAGGGGGUGCUGUUUCUUUUUUUCCCCCUCCCUAAAGGUAAAGAGGUCACCACCGGCCCAGAGAAAGGAGGGUGGUACAGGAGAGGAGGGGAAAACUGGAUGAAUAAAAAUCUAAGACGGGUUUCCCUUCAUCCAUAAACUCCCCACUCGUUGGGGGGCGGUUUUUCAGACACUUCUCGGGGACCCCCAGCGUUCCUGAAAAUUUUAAUUUUCCACAGCUAGCUUCCCUGAUUAAACUGGUCAACAAAUCAUCAACCCUGGACUACUUCAUCAGGUGGGGUUGGGUUCAGGGCUAGCUUUUUAAAUUAAAUUUUUUUUUUUAGUCGGGGGUCCCGAGGGGUUUUUAAAAACCUGCUUGGGGGAAACCCUUAAAUUUUGCAGAUUUAAAAGUCUAAUGGGUACAAUCAUUUUUUUGAGGAACUUUCCCUCAUAUUCUUCCACUUUAAAGUUGCAAUCCACCCCCCCCCCUUACCCCAACCCAACCCCCCCCCCCCUUACCCCCCCCCCCCCCCUUACCCCAACCCAAACCCCCCCCCCUCUUACCCAAAACCCCCCUUACCCCCAACCCCCCCCCUUACCCCAACACCCCCCCUUACCCCAACCCCCCCCCUUACCCACCCCCCCCCUUUCCCCAACCCACCCCCCCUUCCCCAACACCCCCCCUUACCCCCCCCCCCCCCUUACCCCAACCCCCCCCUUUCCCCAACCCCCCCCCUUACCCCAACCCCCCCCCCCUUAAAAAAACCCCCCCCCCCCUUACAACCAAACACACCCCCCCUUUCUCAACCCCCCCCUUACCCCCAAACCCCCCCCCCCUUCCCCAACCCACCCCCCCCCCACCCCCCCCCCCUUACCCCAACCCCCCCCUUACCCCAACCCCCCCCCCUUACCCCCAACCCCCCCCCUUACCCCAAACCCCCCCCCCCCCCAACCCCCCCCCCCCCCACCCCAAAACCCCCCCCCUUUCCCCAACCCCCCCCUUACCCCAACCCCCCCCUUACCCCAACCCCCCCCCCUUACCCCAACCCCCCCCCUUAACCCCAACCCCCCCCCCCUUUCCCCCCCCCCUUACCCCCCCCCCCCCCCUUACCCCAACCCCCCCCUUACCCCCCAAAACCCCCCCCCUUACCCCCCCCCCCUUACCCCCAACACCCCCCCCCUUACCCCAACCCCCCCCCCUUACCCAAAAACCCCCCCCCCCACCCCCCCCCCCCCCCUUUCCCCAACCCCCCCCCCUUACCCCAACACCCCCCCCUUACCCCCCCCCCCCCACCCCCAACCCCCCCCCUUUUAACCCAACCCACCCCCCCCCCUUUCCCCCCCCCACCCCCCCCUUACCCCAAACCCCCCCCCCCCCCCCCACCCCCCCCCUUUCCCCAACCCACCCCCCCUUAACCCCCCCCCCCCCCCCUUCCCCCCCCCCCCCCUUACCCCCCCCCACCCCCCCUUCCCCAACACCCCCCCCCCCCCUUACCCCAAACCCCCCCUUACCCCAAACCCACCCCCCUUACCCCAAAAAACCCCCCCCCUUUCCCCCCAAACCCCCCCUUACCCCAACCCCCCCUUAACCCAACCCCCCCCCUUACCCCAAAACCCCCCCCCCCUUCCCCAACACCCCCCCCUUACCCCCCCCCCCCUUACCCCAACCCCCCCCUACCCCCCCAAACCCCCCCCCACCCCAACACCCCCUUCCCCCCCCCCCCCCCCUUACCCCCCCCCCCCCCCCUUACCCCAAAACCCCCCCCCUUUCCCCACCCCCCCCCCCCUUUCCCCCAAAACCCCCCCCCUUACCCCCAACCCCCCCCUUUCCCCCCCCCCCCCCUUAAACCCCCAAACCCCCCCCUUUCCCCACCCCCCCUUACCCCAAAAAACCCCCCCCACCCCAACCCCCCCCCCCCCUUUCCCCAACCCACCCCCCCUUUCCCCCCCCACCCCCCUUACCCAAAACCCCCCCCUUCCCCAAACCCCCCCUUUCCCAACCCAACCCCCCCCUUCCCCCCAAAAACCCCCCCCCCCUUCCCCCAAACCCCCCCCCCUUACCCCAAACACCCCCCCCUUACCCCCAAACCCCCCCCUUUCCCCCCCACCCCCCUUCCCCAACACCCCCCCCCCUUACCCCCAAACCCCCCCCUUCCCCCCCCCCCCCCCCUUACCCCAACACCCCCCCCCCUUUCCCCAACCCCCCCCUUACCCCAAAACCCCCCCCUUACCCCCCCCCCCUUACCCCAACCCCCCCCCUUUCCCCCCCAAACCCCCCCCUUCCCCCCCCCCCAAACCCCCCCCCUUACCCCACCCCCCCCCCUUCCCCCCCCCCCCCCUUAAAACCCCCCCCCCCCCUUACCCCCACCCCCCCCUUCCCCCAACCCCCCCCCCCCUUACCCCCCACCCCCCCUUACCCCCCAACCCCCCCCUUUCCCCAAAACCCCCCCCUUACCCCCCCCCCCCCUUAACCCCCCCCCCCCCCUUUACCCCCCACCCCCCCUUACCCCCAAAACCCCCCCCCCCCUUUCCCAACCCCCCCCCCCCUUCCCCCCCCCCUUUCCCCCCAACCCCCCCCCCCUUCCCCCCAAACCCACCCCCCCACCCCCCCCCCCCUUCCCCAACCCACCCCCCCUUACCCCCCCCCCCCCCCCUUACCCCCACCCCCCACCCCCACCCCCCCUUUCCCCAAACCCCCCCCCUUACCACCCCAACCCCCCCCCCUUUCCCCAAAACCCCCCCCCCUUUCCCCCCCCCCCCUACCCCAACACCCCCCCCACCCCCCCCCCCCUUACCCCAACCCCCCCCCCCCCCCCCCAACCCCCCCCCCACCCCAAACCCCCCCCCUUCCCCCAACCCCCCCCCUUCCCCAACCCCCCCCCUUACCCCCAACCCCCCCCCCCCCCCCCCCUUUUCCCCAACCCCCCCCCUUUUUCCCCCCCCCCCCCCCCUUACCCCAACCCCCCCCCUUACCCCCAAAACCCCCCCUUAACCCCCCCCCCCCCCCCCCCCCUUACCCCAACACCCCCCCCCCCCCCCCCUUACCCCCCCAACCCCCCCCCCUUACCCCAACCCCCCCCCCCCCCCUUUCCCCAACCCAAACCCCCCCCCCUUACCAAACCCCACUCAAAUUCCCUUAACCCCCACCCCCUUUCUAAAUUUAACUACCAUCAUCAGAGAUGUAACUCUAUUGAUCAGAGAUGUAACUCUAUUGAACUACCAUCAUCAGAGAUGUAACUCUAUUGAUCAGAGUUGUAACUCUAUUGAACUACCAUCAUCAGAGAUGUACUCUAUUGAACUACCAUCAUCAGAGAUGUAGCUAUUGAACUACCAUCAUCAGAGAUGUAACUCUAUUGUUCUGCUCUCCUGUCUCUGUCUGUCUGUCUCUGUCUCUAACUCUGUCUCUUACUCUGUCUCUGUCUCUAACUCUGUCUCUGUCUCUGACUCUGUCUCUAACUCUGUCUCUUACUCUGUCUCUGUCUCUAACUCUGUCUCUGUCUCUGACUCUGUCUCUGACUCUGUCUCUAACUCUGUCUCUGUCUCUAACUCUGUCUCUGUCUCUAACUCUGUCUCUAACUCUGUCUCUAACUCUGUCUCUAACUCUGUCUCUAACUCUGUCUCUGUCUCUAACUCUGUCUCUGUCUCUAACUCUGUCUCUAACUCUGUCUCUGUCUCUGUCUCUGUCUCUGUUUCUGUCUCUGUCUCUGUCUCUAACUCUGUAUCUGUCUCUAACUCUCUGUAUCUAACUCAGUCUGUGUUCUGCUCCAGUGUACCGGCGGAUCGUGGAGUCUGAUGUGGGCGACUCGUUCUACAUCCGGACCCACUUUGAGUAUGAGAAGGAGUCUCCGUACGGCCUGAGCUUCAACAAGGGAGAGGUGUUCAGAGUGGUGGACACCCUUUACAACGGCAAGCUGGGCUCCUGGCUGGCCAUCCGCAUCGGGAAGAACCACCAGGAGGUGGAGAGAGGCAUCAUACCCAACAAGAACAGGUGAUGAUGACACAUUGUUUAUUUCCAUCUUGUCUUCAGUCCUUUGGCUCCUCUGGGGGUUUAUCAGCAAGACGUAAUGUGGUUGAGUUUUCACAGAAAUCAAGGUUCUCACAGAAGUCAGUUUGUUUAUUUGAAAACAUGAAUGUGUUCCAUAUAACUUACCUGGUUAAGACAAUACUAUAAAUACAUAAAAAUAAUAAGGGAACAAGAUUCACACUGGUCACAAUUUAUCAUAACAAUCUUAAUGUCACGUUGUCUUAAUCACAUUUGUUAUGGUUAUCAUUGCCAUGUGGGAUGCCUCUGUGUUGGCAGUAUUGACGUUAGCCAGUGCCAGGACAGAGCCACAGACACAUGAAAGCCCUCUACAGAGGUGUCUCUACUGAGAACUCUGUCUGUUCCCUCUCAUUUUCUUGUUCUGAAUAGAACAUUAACUCCAGCACACGGGUGAUUUUCAUGCCCCCCCCCCCCCCCCCCCCCCCAAAAAAAAUGUAAUGCAUAUUUUUCACCAACAUUUCAAUCAAUAGACCAUCAUCAUCUGGGUUUUACAGAGAACUCAAUCUCUUUCCCUUUUGCAGAGAAAAACAUCAUAGCAAACUUCUCUCCACUUAUGGCGUGCAGUACACGCUCCCCAAGACAGCAGGGUUAGGGUUAGUUAUCUAGUUAGUUAGUUAGUUAUCCAACUCCCUCUCCUCUAUCUGUCUCCAGAGCGGAGCAGCUGUCCAGUGUGCAGUACACCCUCCCCAAGACAGCAGGGGGCGACAGGGCUGACUUCUGGAGGUUCAGGGGCCUGAGGAGCUCCAAGAGGAACCUAAGGAAGAGCAGAGAGGACCUGUCGGCCCAGCCCGUCCAGUCCAAGUUCCCCGCAUACGAGAGGGUGGUGCUUAGAGAGGGUGAGGAUGACUUGCCUUGUAAUAACACAUUAUAAACGCUCAUACAUGCUUAUAACAUAUAAAGCCUCCUCCCUAACCCCGUCUCCCUAACCACUCCUCCCUAACCCCUAACCCCUCCUCCCUAACCCCUAACCCCUAAUUCAUCCUCCCUAGCCCCUCCUCCCUCAGCCCUCCUCCCUAGCCCCUCCUCCCUCAACUCUCCUCCCUCAGCCCUCCUCCCUAGCCCCUCCUCCCUCAGCCCUCCUCCCUACCCCUCCUCCCUCAGCCCUCCUCCCUAGCCCCUCCUCCCUCAGCCCUCCUCCCUCAGCCUUCCUCCCUAGCCCCUCCUCCCUAGCCCCCUCCUCCCUAGCCCCUCCUCCCUCAGCCCUCCUCCCCUCAGCCUUCCUCCCUAGCCCCCUCCUCCCUAACCCCCUCCUCCCUAGCCCCUCCUCCCUCAGCCUUCCUCCCUCAGCCCUCCUCCCCUCAGCCUUCCUCCCUAGCCCCUCCUCCCUAGCCCCUCCUCCCUAGCCCCUCCUCCCUCAGCCCUCCUCCCUCACCUUCCUCCCUAGCCCCUCCUCCCUAGCCCCUCCUCCCUAGCCCCUCCUCCCUAACCCCUCCUCCCUAGCCCCUCCUCCCUCAGCCUUCCUCCCUCAGCCUUCCUCCCUCAGCCUUCCUCCCUAGCCCCCUCCUCCCUAUCCCCUCCUCCCUAGCCCCUCCUCCCUCAGCCUUCCUCCCUAGCCCCUCCUCUCUUAGCCUUCCUCCCUAGCCCCUCCUCCCUAGCCCCUCCUCCCUCAGCCCUCCUCCCUCAGCCCUCCUCCCUAGCCCCUCCUCCCUCAGCCCUCCUCCCUAGCCCCUCCUCCCUCAGCCCUCCUCCCUCAGCCUUCCUCCCUAGCCCCUCCUCCCUAGCCCCUCCUCCCUAGCCCCUCCUCCCUCAGCCCUCCUCCCUCAGCCUUCCUCCCUAGCCCCUCCUCCCUAGCCCCUCCUCCCUAACCCCUCCUCCCUAGCCCCUCCUCCCUCAGCCUUCCUCCCUCAGCCCUCCUCCCUCAGCCUUUCCUCCCUAGCCCCUCCUCCCUAGCCCCUCCUCCCUAGCCCCUCCUCCCUCAGCCCUCCUCCUCAGCCUUCCUCCCUAGCCCCUCCUCCCUAGCCCCUCCUCCCUAGCCCUCCUCCCUAACCCCUCCUCCCUAGCCACUCCUCCCUCAGCCUUCCUCCCUAGCCCCUCCUCCCUAGCCCCUCCUCCCUCAGCCCUCCUCCCUCAAGCCUUCCUCCCUAGCCCCUCCUCCCUAGCCCCUCCUCCCUAGCCCCUCCUCCCUCAGCCCUCCUCCCUCAGCCCUCCUCCCUCAGCCCUCCUCCCUAGCCCCUCCUCCCUCAGACCUCCUCCCUCAGCCCUCCUCCCUAGCCCCUCCUCCCUAGCCCCUCCUCCCUAGCCCCUCCUCCCUCAGCCCUCCCUCCCUCAGCCCUCCUCCCUACCCUCCUCCCUCAGACCUCCUCCCUAGCCCCUCCUCCCACAGCCCUCCUCCCUAACACCCUCCUCCCUAACCCCCUCCUCCCUAGCCCCUCCUCCCUAACCCCUCCUCCCACAGCCCUCCUCCCUAACCCCUCCUCCUUAGCCCCUGCUCUCUCAGGCCUUCCUCCCUAGCCCCUCCUCCCUCAGCCCUCCUCCCUCAGCCCUCCUCCCUAGCCCCUCCUCCCUCAGACCUCCUCCCUAGCCCCCUCCUCCCUCAGACCUCCUCCCUAACCCCUCCUCCCUAACCCCUCCUCCCUAGCCCCUCCUCCUAACCCCCUCCUCCCACAGCCCUCCUCCCUAGCCCCCUCCUCCCUAACCCCCCAUCCUCCUUAGCCCCUGCUCUCUCAGCCCUCCUCCCUAGCCCCCUCCUCCUUAGCCCCUCCUCCCUCAGCCCCUCCUCCCUAACCCCUCCUCCCUAGCCCCUCCUCCCUAGCCCCUCCUCCCUCAGCCCUCCUCCCUAGCCCCUCCUCCCUCGACCUCCUCCCUCAGCCCCUGCUCUCUCAGCCUUCCUCCCUAGCCCCUCCUCCCUAACCCCUCCUCCCUAGCCCCUCCUCCCUAACCCCCCUCCUCCCUAGCCCCCUGCUCUCUCAGCCCUCCCUCCCUAGCCCCUCCUCCCUCACCCUCCUCCCUCACCUCCGCUCCCUCCCCUAGCCCCCUCCUCCCUAACCCCUCCUCCCUAGCCCCUCCUCCCUAGCCCUCCUCCCAUAACCCCUCCUCCCUAACCCCUCCUCCCUAAACCCCUCCUCUCAACCCCUCCUCCCUAGCCCCUCCUCCCUAACCCCUCCUCCCACAGCCCUCCUCCCUAGCCCCUCCUCCCUCAGCCUCCUCCUCAGCCCUCCCCGGCCCCUCUCCCUCCCUAGCCCCUCCUCCCUCAGCCCCUCCUCUCUCAGCCCUCCUCCCUAACCCCUCCUCCCGAAGCCACCUCCUCCCUAGCCCCUCCUCCCUAGCCCCUCUCCCUAACCCCUCCUCCCUAGCCCCAUCCUCCCUAGCCCCUCCUCCCUCAGCCCUCCUCCCUAGCCCCUCCUCCCUAACCCCUCCUCCCUAGCCCCUCCUCCCUAGCCCCUCCUCCCUCAGCCCUCCUCCCCCUAGCCCCUCCCUCCCUAACCCCUCCUCCCUAGCCCCUCCUCCCUAACCCCUCCUCUCUAACCCCUCCUCCCUAGCCCCUCCUCUAACCCCUCCUCCCUAACCCCUCCUCCCUAGCCCUCCUCCCUAGCCCCUCCUCCCUAACCCCUCCUCCCUAGCCCCUCCUCCCUAACCCCUCCUCCUCCCUACCCCUCCUCCUCCCUAGCCCCUCCUCCCUAGCCCCUCCUCCCCAACCUCUCCUCCCUAGCCCCUCCUCCCUAGCCCCUCCUCCCUCAGCCCUCCUCUCUCAGACCUCCUCCCUAACCCCUCCUCCUCCCUAGCCCCUCCUCCCUAACCUCUCCUCCCUAAACCCCUCCUCCUCCCUAACCCCUCCUCCUCCCUCAGCCCUCCUCCCACAGCCCUCCUCCCUAGCCCCUCCUCUCUCAGACCUCCUCCCUCAGCCCUCCUCCCUAGCCCCUCCUCCCUCAGCCCUCCUCCUAGCCCCUCCUCCCCUCAGCCCUCCUCCCUAGCCCCUCCUCCCUAGCCCCUCCUCCCUCAGCCCUCCUCCCUAGCCCCUCCUCCCUAACCACUCUUGUAAAUCUUAACCUGCCUCUAAUAGUGGUGAGCUUUCAUAAUGUAGCACCAACUUUUUGUAUUUCUCAGUAAAUGUAGAAAGUUGGAAAGGCUAUAAAGUUAUUGUCUUUCAGUUGAUAGAGGGAGAAAGGGCACCAUGGGGUGGGAUAUAACACUACAGUUUACUGCUACACCAUCCUGAUCCAAAUAUUCUGCUUUUACUAAAUGUUAUGCUGUUUUCAAGUUUUUCUUUAGUUGUAGUGUUAGUUUUAAAUUUGUGUUACUGUUCUUGUCCAUUAGUGUUCUGUAUUUUGUCAUGUUCAAUGUUUUGUGUGGACCCAGGAAGAAUAGCUGUUUCUUCUUCCACAGUUAAUGGGGAUCUGAAUAAAAACCACAAAAAAAAUCACUAAUCCUCCCACUCAGUCUAACGUACUUUGAUGGCCUUCUGUUGGUGUGUUUGUCCAGCUGGUUUCCUCAGGCCUGUGGUGAUAUUUGGACCCAUCGCAGACGUGGCACGAGAGAAAAUCUCCCGAGAGGAGCCCGAUCUGUUUGAGCUCGCAAGUGAGUAACAAAGUGUAUCAAAAUGACAUUCAAAUGCUCUGAUAGUUUUCUAAAAUGCCAGUAACUAGUUAAUUGUAGAAUGAUUAAACUGAUUAAAGAACUAUGUAAUGAAACUGUUCCUUCCCCCUGUGUUCCAGAGAGUGAACCUAGAGACGCGGGGAAAGACCAGCGUAGUUCAGGAAUCAUCCGUCUCCACACCAUCAAGCAGAUCAUCGACAAAGUGAGUUUGCCUUUACACACACAGACACUCAUUUCAAUAGGACUCUUUUUGAUUUGAGGAAUUUAGGAUUUUCUUUUCCACAAUUGCAAAAUUAUUCUGGAAUGAUGUUCUCUUUAGAUAUUUUUGUGAUGCAGAAUGGCUUUUUCAAAUGUAGUCUUUGCUCCAGUAGCAGAAAUACUGACUGUGUUGAGGCCCUUUGCUCCAGUAGGAAGAAUACUGACUGUGUUGAGGCCCUUUGCUCCAGUAGGAAGAAUACUGACUGUGUUGAGGCCCUUUGCUCCAGUAGGAAGAAUACUGACUGUGUUGAGGCCCUUUGCUCCAGUAGGAAGAAUACUGACUGUGUUGAGGCCCUUUGCUCCAGUAGGAAGAAUACUGACUGUGUUGAGGCCCUUUGCUCCAGUAGGAAGAAUACUGACUGUGUUGAGGCCCUUUGCUCCAGUAGGAAGAAUACUGACUGUGUUGAGGCCCUUUGCUCCAGUAGGAAGAAUACUGACUGUGUUGAGGCCCUUUGCUCCAGUAGAAGGAAUACUGACUGUGUUGAGGCCCUUUGCUCCAGUAGGAAGAAUACUGACUGUGUUGAGGCCCUUUGCUCCAGUAGGAAGAAUACUGACUGUGUUGAGGGCCCUUUGCUCCAGUAGCAGAAAUACUGACUGUGUUGAGGCCCUUUGCUCCAGUAGCAGAAUACUGACUGUGUUGAGGCCCUUUGCUCCAGUAUGAAGAAUACUGACUGUGUUGAGGCCCUUUGCUCCAGUAGGAAGAAUACUGACUGUGUUGAGGCCCUUUGCUCCAGUAGAAGGAAUACUGACUGUGUUGAGGCCCUUUGCUCCAGUAGGAAGAAUACUGACUGUGUUGAGGCCCUUUGCUCCAGUAGGAAGAAUACUGACUGUGUUGAGGCCCUUUGCUCCAGUAGCAGAAAUACUGACUGUGUUGAGGCCCUUUGCUCCAGUAGGAAGAAUACUGACUGUGUUGAGGCCCUUUGCUCCAGUAGGAAGAAUACUGACUGUGUUGAGGCCCUUUGCUCCAGUAGGAAGAAUACUGACUGUUGAGGCCCUUGCCAGUAGGAAGAAUACUGACUGUGUUUGAGGCCCUUUGCUCCAGUAGAAGGAAUACUGACUGUGUUUGAGGCCCUUUGCUCCAGUAGGAAGAAUACUGACUGUGUUGAGGCCCUUUGCUCCAGUAGGAAGAAUACUGACUGUGUUGAGGCCCUUUGCUCCAGUAGCAGAAAUACUGACUGUGUUGAGGCCCUUUGCUCCAGUAGCAGAAAUACUGACUGUGUUGAGGCCCUUUGCUCCAGUAGGAAGAAUACUGACUGUGUUGAGGCCCUUUGCUCCAGUAGGAAGAAUAGAUCAUGUAAGUUAUGUAUUUUCUGGUAUAUAGGACAAACAUGCGGUGCUGGACAUCACCCCCAAUGCAGUGGACCGUCUGAACUACGCCCAGUGGUACCCCAUCGUAGUGUUCUUGAACCCAGACAACAAGCAGGGGGUCAAGAACAUGAGAACCAGGCUCUGUUCCGAGUCCAGGAAGUCCGCCCGGAAACUCUAUGAGAGAGCCCUGAAACUAAGGAAAGAACAACCACCACCUCUUCACCAGUGAGUAAAGAGGGGGGAAGAUGGAAGGGAGAGAUAGGAAGAGAGGAGGUGGGGGAGAAAGAGAGGGUGGAGUAAGAGAGAGAGAGCCCUGAAACUAAGGAAGAACAACCAUCACCUCUUCACCAGUGAGUAAAGAGAGGGGCAUUUGUUAUGUCACGUUUAUGACAAUAUUAUGACAGUGUUAUGAGGUAUAGUUCAAAUUAAGUGUUUCCUAAACAACAAGGGUCCGAUAAUAUAUCCCUGAGGAACUCCACAAAAUAUCUUGGCCCUAUUAGAUACCCGGCUGUUUGCAUACACAAACUUCUCUCUAUCGCAACCAUUUGUUUGCUUGGUUAAUGAAAGUAGCAUGUUAAGAAAAGUGAAUUGGCUCGUGAAAGUACAUCUUAACUUCCUUUAGAUUGGACGCAGAGACAUAAAAAUGUGCUUAAUUUGGCUUAAUUUCCCAAAUCUGGCACUAUACCUUUAACAGAUAUAAAUGGUAACCCUUUUGGCCUCCUGUCUUAGCCACCAUCAACAUGAACAACAUGAACGACGGCUGGUACGGAGCUCUGAAGGAGACCGUCCAGCAGCAGCAGAACCAGUUGGUCUGGGUGUCCGAGGGCAAGGUGAGAGGAAACACUCAGCUGUCCAUUGUAGUUUCACGUUUAAAAAAUACAUCUACUUAUGAAUAUGAUACUUUGCGAACACAGUGUGCAGGAGCUUCUUUCCUUUGAAUAACGUCUAAACAUUUCCCACUCACCAGCUGAAGCAACCCUAAGAAAACAGCAUAUUUCUUCACAUCCACCACUACCAUCUCUCCUCCUCCUCCUCCUCUUCUCCCCAGGCGGACGGAGCUCCGGACGAUGACCUGGACAUCCACGAUGACCGUCUGUCAUACCUGUCAGCUCCAGGCAGUGAAUACUCCAUGUACAGCACGGACAGCCGCCACACCUCUGACUACGAGGACACGGACACAGAGGGCGGGGCCUACACCGACCAGGAACUAGACGAGACGCUCAACGACGAGGUGGGCCUGAAUUUUUUUACAUUUGAUUUCAUUUACAUACACUACCAGUCAAAAGUCUGGACACACCUACUCAUUCAAGGGUUUUUCCUUUAUUUUUUUUUAUAUUUUUUUACAUUGUAGAAUAAUAGUGAAGACAUUAAAACUAUGAAAUAACACAUAUGGAAUCAUGUAGUAACCAAAAAAGUGUUAAACAAAUCAAGAUAUAUUUUAUAUUUGAGAUUCUUCAAAUAGCCACCCUUUGCCUUGAUGACAGCUUUGCACACUCUUGGCAUUCUCUCAACCAGAUUCAUGAGGUAGUCACCUGGAAUGCAUUUCAAUUAACAGGUGUGCCUUCUUAAAAGUUAAUUGGCGGAAUUUAUUUCCUUCUUAAUGCGUUUGAGCCAAUCAGUUGUGUUGUGACAAGGUAGGGGGGUAUACAGAAGAUAGCCCUAUUUGGUAAAAGACCAAGUCCACAUUAUGGCAAGAACAGCUCAAAUAAACGACAGUCCAUCAAUACUUUAAGACAUGAAGGACAGUCAAUUCGGAAAAUUUCAAAAACGUUGAAAGUUUCUUCAAGUGCAGUCGCAAAAACCAUCAAGCGCUAUGAUGAAACUGGCUCUCAUGAGGACAGCCACAGGAAUGGAAGACCCAGAGUUACCUCUGCUGCAGAGGAUAAGUUCAUUUGAGUUACCAGCCUCAGAAAUUGCAGCCCAAAUAAAUGCUUCACAGAGUUCAAGUAACAGACACAUCUCAACAUCAACUGUUCAGAGGAGACUGCGUGAAUCAGGCCUUCAUGUUCGAAUUGCUGCAAAGAAACCACUACUAAAGGACACCAAUAAGAAGAAGAGACCUGCUUGGGCCAAGAAACACAAGCAAUGGACAUUAGACCUGGGGGAAUUUGUCCUCUGGUCUGGAGUUCAAAUUUGAGAUUUUUGGUUCAAACCGCCGUUUCUUUGUGAGACGCGGUGUGGGUGAACGGAUGAUCUCCGCAUGUGUAGUUCCCACCUUAAAGCAUGGAGGAGGAGGUGUUAUGGUGUGGGGGUGCUUUGCUGGUGACUCUGUCUGUGAUUUAUUUAGAUUUCAAGGCACACUUAACCAGCAUGGCUACCACAUCAUUCUGCAGCGAUACGCCAUCCCAUCUGGUUUGCGCUUAGUGGGACUAUCAUUUGUUUUUCAACAGGACAAUGACCCAACACACCUCCAGGCUGUAAAAGGGCUAUUUUAGCAAGAAGGAGAGUGAUGGAGUGCUGCAUCAGAUGACCUGGCCUCCACAAUCCCCCGACUUACAUUUACAUUAACAUUUACAUCAUUUAGCAGACUCUCUUAUCCAGAGCGACUUACAAAUUGGUGCAUUCAACUUAUGAUAGCCAGUGGGACAACUUCUUUUUUUUAUGGGGGGGGGGGGGGGGGGAGGAGGGGGGGGUAGAAGGAUUGCUUUAUACUAUUCCAGGUAUUCUUUAAAGAGGUAGGGUUUCAAGUGUCUCCGGAAGGUGGUCAGUGACUCCGCUGUCCUGGUGUCGUGAGGGAACUUGUUCCACCAUUGGGGUGCCAGAGCAGCAAAUAGCUUUGACUGGGCUGAGCGUGAACUGUGCUUCUGUAGAGGUAGGGGAGCUAGCAGGCCAGAGGUGGAUGAACGUAGUGCCCUCGUUUGGGUGUAGGGUCUGAUCAGAGCCUGAAGGUAAGGAGGUGCCAUUCCCCUCACAGCUCCGUAGGCAAGCACCAUGGUCUUGUAGUAGAUGCGAGCCUCAACUGGAAGCCAGUGGAGUGUGCAGAGGAACGGGGUGACAUGAGAGAACUUGGGAAGGUCGAACACCAGACGAGCUGCGGCGUUCUGGAUAAGUUGUAGGGGUUUAAUGGCACAGGCAGGGAGCCCAGCCAACAGCGAGUUGCAGUAAUCCAGACGGGAGAUGACAAGUGCCUGGAUUAGGACUUGUGCCGCUUUCUGUGUAAGGUAGGGUCGUACUCUGCGAAUGUUGUAGAGCAUGAACCUGCAGGAUCGGGUCAUUGCUUUGAUGUUAGCGGAGAACGACAGGGUGUUGUCCAGGGUCACGCCAAGGCUCUUUGCACUCUGGGAGGAGGACACAAUGGAGUUGUCAACCGUGAUGGGGAGAUCAUGGAGCGGGCAGUCCUUCCCCGGGAGGAAGAGCAGCUCCGUCUUGCCGAGGUUCAGCUUGAGGUGGUGAUCCGACAUCCACACUGAUAUGUCUGCCAGACAUGCAGAGAUGCGAUUCGCCACCUGGUUAUCAGAAGGGGGAAAGAAGAAAAUUAAUUGUGUGUCGUCUGCGUAGCAAUGAUAGGAGAGACCAUGUGAGGAUAUGACAGAGCCAAGUGACUUGGGGUAUAGAGAGAAUAGGAGAGGGCCUAGAACUGAGCCCUGGGGGACACCAGUGGUGAGAGCACGUGGUGCGGAGACAGAUUCUCGCCCACGCCACCUGGUAGGAGCGACCUGUCAGGUAGGACGCAAUCCAAGAGUGAGCAGCGCCGGAGAUGCCCAACUCAGAGAGGGUGGAGAGGAGGAUCUGAUGGUUCACAGUAUCAAAGGCAGCAGACAGGUCUAGAAGGAUAAGAGCAGAGGAGAGAUAGUUAGCUUUAGCAGUGCAGAGAGCCUCCGUGACACAGAGAAGAGCAGUCUCAGUUGAAUGACCAGUCUUGAAACCUGACUGGUUUGGAUCAAGAAGGUAAUUCUGAGAGAGAUAGCAGGAGAGUUGGCUAGAGACGGCACGCUCAAGAGUUUUGGAGAGAAAAUAAAUAAGGGAUACUGGUCUGUAGUAGGGAUACUGGUCAAGCUCAUUGAUGAACUCUCCAAGGGAACCUGGAGGGCGAUAAAUGACAAGGAUGUUAAGCUUGAAUGGGCUAGUGACUGUGACAGCAUGGAAUUCAAAUGAGGAGAUAGACAGAUGAACAAAUAUAACUCUCCCAACUUCCACUUUAGAAAUUAUAAUUGUUGUAAACUACAGCGGUUCAAUGUUUCUAGGAAUAGACUCUAACUUAGUUUAUUCAGCUAGCUAGCUUGGUACACCGAAUCCUAUGACGCCAAAGCCAACUAGCAUGCCAGCCUCCAAUAACACGGUUUAGCACCAAUACUCGGUUACAACAAACCACCAGUGUGUUAACACGCCAAGCAGAUCAUUCGUGUCCGUGUCUAACGUUGUGUAAAGUUUUGGGUUAGUUUUUACAGUUUGAGUGAGUACGUCGUCAACUUAUUCAGCCAGUUAGUUAGCUAGAAUAGUUAGCAUACUAGCUAGCCAUUGCUCUCUGCCAACGAACUAACCCCUCCUCCCACGGCACGAACACACAGAGAGCCAAGCUAACGUUAGCUAGUCACCCAUGUCCCGAAUUCCCUUGAACGAAUCUGGUUACCAGUAUGUAAAAACAAAAAUAAAUGUAGGUUAUAGCUUACCCUUAGUAGCUACUGUUAGCCAGUUAAGUGCAAAGCUAGCCACUGAAUCGAUUCAGCCAGUUCGCGUCUGUCCCAAUGGAGAGAAAGCGUCUCCAAAUAUUAAAGCUAGGUCGUUCCAGCUAUUGUUUAGUUAGCUAUCCAGGUAGCUACAUUUCGAGUACAGUAGCUAAUAACUACCUAGCGUUAACGCUUCAGAUAAUGAGGUUAGAAAAACAGCUGAAUGGUAGCUAGCUAGCUGGCAUAAUUACAGGUACUCUUAAGCGUGAAAUAACAUUGGAAACAACUAUCCACAGUUGCUAAUAGUUACCAGUAGCUACCCGCUAGCUAGUUAGCUUUAUUUGUCCAGGUAGUGAGUUAGCUAGCCUCGUGUUUCACCGGGCUCAGCCGAAUACAAUACUUACCUACAAUAAUUACCUACAAUAACCUACAAUAACUACUUAGAUAAACUACCUACAAUACCUAACUACAAUACCUACCUACCUACAAUCUAAAUACAUGGUUUAAUCUUUACUCGACACCAUAUAAGCCAAGCUUACCUCCCGCCAGCCAUCGCUGUUAACAGAAUGACUUCAACCCAAUUGACUUCAACCCAAUUGAGAUGGUUUGGGAUGAGUCGGACGGCAGAGUGAAGGAAAAGCAGCCAACAAGUGCUCAGCAUAUGUGGGAACUCCUUCAAGACUGUUGGAAAAGCAUUCCAGGUGAAGGUGGUUGAGAGAAUGUCAAGAGUGUGCAAAGCUGUCAUCAAGGCAAAGGGUGGCUAUUUGAAGAAUCUCAAAUAUAAAAUAUAUCUUGAUUUGUUUAACACUUUUUUGGUUACUACAUUUUCACAUUUACAUUACAUUUUAGUCAUUUAGCAGACGCUCUUAUCCAGAGCGACUUACAGGAGCAAUUAGGGUUAAGUGCCUUGCUCAAGGGCACAACGACAGAUUUUUCACCUAGUCGGCUCGGGGAUUAGAACCAGCGACCUUUCGGUUACUGGCACAACGCUCUUAACCACUAAGCUACCUGCCGCCCCGUACAUGAUUCCAUAUGUGUUAUUUCACAGUUUUGAUGUCUUCACUAUUGUUCUACAAUGUAAAAAACUGUAAAAGAUGUAAGAAAAAUCCUUGAAUGAGUAGGUGUGUCCAAACCUUUGACUGGCACUGUAUGUUCACAUUCAAAAAAUACUGAAUUAUGCAUUAAGACAAUACUUGGAGAAAAAAACACAACACAAUAUACUUCAUACAAGUUUUUAAAAGUCUCAGUUUGUAGUAAGUCCAGUUUCUAAAUCCCAUUUAGGUUGGCCUGUCCACAGAGCCAGCCAUCACCCGCUCCUCAGAGCCCGUCAUCCAGGACCCCUCGUCUGGCGGUUACCCUGGAUACCAGCACAUUGCUGUGACUCUGCCUGACCCGGUCAACCGCAUCGAACCGUCCGGGUUCAAGAUGGCCGCCGCUCCUCAGCAGGUAGGAGAGAGAGGGAGAGAAGAGGAGAGGUGUAGCAGUAGAGGCGCCUCUCUAGGGGCAAAACGGGCAGGAAUUACGUUAUUACAACCUGCGACCUUAUUCUGUUCAGAGUAAUGUUUUUGCUGUUGUUAAACAUGACAUGUAUUUGUUCCUUCAGUAAGAGAGACCCUUUACAUAGUAUACACAAUAUAUAUUGAAUAUUGUAAAGCUAUCUGUUGUAGCUAACCACAUUGUUGCAAAUACGUUGUAUACGGGUUUCUGGAUGGCGUAAAAAUGAUUCAAGGAGGAGGAACUUGGAGAGAGAAGGUUACUAUGGAGACAGAGAGAUAAACUGCUGUAGUUUGUGGAGUGUUGCUGUCCUCUUGGCAGCCUGUUGCAAUAAAAUGUCUCUUAAUGAUACUUCACAGCAAGACAGUGCUGCUCUGGCCAUUCCUUCCUCUCUGCUACCUGCGGCGGUGGUGCCCCCUGUUGUUGAGGCUGAGUCACAGCACCCUGCACUGCAGGUAGAGGGUAUGACCCCUGAACCCGAGGAGGCGGCUCCGGCUGCAGCUCCUCAGGCUGCAGACUCACUCCCCAGCAGCCAUGCUCCUACUGAGCUAGCCCCGCCCCCAACACCACCAUCACUCGAACCCCAACCCCUGUCUGACCCGCAGCUCGGCCCUGGUCCCAAACCGAAGGUACUCACCUACCUACUACCACCACCCCAGCACCUACCUGCUGCCUCACUAGAACACCUGGACCAGGCCUGGGCCAGUCACAUCCUUAACUGCCCCGCCCGGUUCUCUGCCCCGCCCCCCCCAGCCUGCUGUUCUGUUUUAACUUGCCUGACUUCUUCGCACACGCUUCUUUCUCCUCUGACUGGCUCCCUUGUCUGCAUGCCCCGCCCACACUGUGUGACUGCCCACUGUGUGACCACAGCAUUAUAUUUGACAGCGUGUUUGAGGGGAGGUGUUUGGAGGAAGGCGUUGCCUGCGCAGAAUUGCUUAUCUUGAUCGUGUGUAUGAGUAGUUAUUGGGGAUGUAACUAGUACCGAGAUGCUGUUCUGCACAUCACUGUUAUUUGGUUAGGGAGGAGGAGUUAGGAAGGAGGGGUUAGGGAGGAGGGGUUAGGGAGGAGGGGUUAGGGAGGAGGGGUUAGGGAGGAGGGGUUAGGGAGACGGGGUUAGGGAGGAAGGGUUAGGGAGACGGGGUUAGGGAGGAGGGGUUAGGGAGGAGGGGUUAGGGAGGAGGGGUUAGGAAUCUCUGAUCAUGUCUUUGUCAGUGGGCAAACUUUCAAAAUCAGCAGGGGAUCAAAUACUUUUUUCCCUCACUGUAACUGUCUAUUGUUACUGUCUACAGGCUGUACAUCACCGGUUUGAAAUGAAGCCUUUCAGAAUUGUAAAAAAACAAACAUUAUUGACAACAUCAUCCAAAAACGUAACAUUAUGAGAAUAUGGAAAUGUUCAGUCACUCUUGAAAGGCUUCUUGUCAAAUAUGCCUUUAGAACUGAUUAGGAAUAAUUGAUAAGAUAAUUGCUUGUCGACUUGCACUUUGACUUGAUGUUUGUUUAAUUUAUUGGUAUUUGGAGUUACUACAAUUGAAUUGUAUGGAUGAUGACGUGUUGUAUCUUCAUUCAGUCCUUGAAUAAGGUUUGAGCUUAACUUCUCAGAAACCUCCCUUUUUAAAAAUCUUUCAUUCAAUCCCCUCUGAUUUGGGGGAUUUUCUGUAGUUUCUGUAAUUAUUUUAAUUUAAAUUGUUUUAAAACUAAUGAGGUUUACAAGUUUUCAACUUAAUUUGCCAUGUGUAAUGAUUGAUACAUCGGAAAAUCUUAUUCACCCGAGCUCUGACCCAAGCGCUUAUGUUGAAACUGUAGCCUAUAACUAGCUAGUUUCUCCAGGUGUUAACAUCUCCAUGUUCAAUCCCUCUCCCCUGCAGAUGUACAAGAAGGAUCUGUACAGUCUGGAGGAGCCAGUGAGAGUGAACCACGGCGGCAUGAAGUCGUCUCUCAGCUACAUCCACCAGCCCUAUCAGGACAAACAGCCAUACCGCCAGUACGACCACCCGCCUUCCGCCUACUGUAGCGACGGGGGCGGGGGGGGCUACGCCAAACCAAAGCAGCCUCACCAGGGGAACUUUGACUCUCACGCUCCUCACCUGCACUACAACAACCGUGUGCCUCAACACUACGACGACGGCCAGUGGCCCCCCUACGACCAGCAGACCUCUUCUCCUCAGCCCCCGGGGUACCAGACUGGGCCGGGCCACCAGCAGGGUUACACCCCAAGGGGGACCACCCCCUACGAGGACGGCCCCGUCAGGGACUACAGCCCCCCCCAGCCCUGCUACGAUGAGGCCCCGGCGGGGAUGCAGGGCUACGAUGGCAGGCCUCGUCACGGUAAACCUCCAGGGCGGUACGAUGAACCGCCUCCCCCGCCCUUGGCUGGCCCUUACGACGCUCGCUCCCCCUACGAGCCGGAGCCCCCUCACUGCUACCCCCUCAGCUCUCCCCGCUCCCCGGACCCCCCCAAGCAGUAUUACGGAGACUCUGCUCCUGGCCUUAGAUCCCCCUAUAACCCCGGACCUCCCAGCCGGGGCAGUGGUGGGGGCUACAACCAUGAGCCUCUAAUGAACUCUGACCCGCCCCCGCCCCCUCCCAAACCCGAACCCCUGGCCUCCCCAGGAGAGAUGGGGGCAAAUGCGGGGUCAAAACCCCUCCCUCCGCCGCCCUGGAGGGAGGAGGAGAGGGACGAACCGGCCAUGAAGCCCCAGUCGGUGCUCAACAGGGUCAAGAUGUUUGAGAAUAAGAGGUCGCUGUCUGUGGACCGGGCCAAGGAGGCUGGCGACUCCACCGUGAUGAGGGUAGGUCUCUCACACUAGCACACGGCCAAACACCUAGACAGCAUGCUUAUAAUGGAUGUCUGGGGUUCUCAACCUUGGGUACUAUCUAGUACCCCUGGGAGGUACCUGGCCUAUCUAAAUGGGGUACUUGGAAAGAACAUACAGUAGACCUAAUGAUCAAGUUUUUUUUUUUUCUGUGUUUGGGGUAAUGAACCACUGAUGAAUGUGAUAGGAUAAUAUGUGAGGUUGUGUAGUUGGUUCCCACUUUAUGGCCAAGCUGCAAAGUCAAUAUUGGCUAUAUCGUACAAAUGUAUGAAAACAUUUAAAUUUAGCGUUAAUUUAGGGUUAGGGAUAAUGCUAGCAGAGUGGUUAAGGUCAGGGUUUGGUUUUAAAUCAGAUUUUAAGAAGAUAAAUUGUAGAGCAGGGCAGAUAGUGGCAACCUGUGUAGAUGUACUCUGCAAUACUCUGGUUUAACCUUCCUUCUCGUCUGUCUGGCGUUCCAGCCUGCAGACCUGCCCAGACCUGUGACUGCACCUGGCCCUGUCCCCAAAGCCAACUCCCUCAGCAACCUGGAGCAGGAGAAGUCUACUUACAGGUACAGUCGAAGUCGGAAGUUUACAUACACCUCAGCCAAAUACAUUUAAACUCAGUUUUUCACAAUUCCUGACAUUUAAUCCUAGUAAAAAAUGCCCUGUCUUAGGUCAGUUAGGAUCACAACUUCAUUUUAAGAAUGUAAAAUGUCAGAAUAAUAGUAGAGAGAAUGAUUGAUUUCAGCUUUUAUUUCUUUCAUCACAUUCCCAGUGGGUCAGAAGUUUACAUACACUCAAUUAGUAUUUGGUAGCAUUGCCUUUAAAUUGUUUAACUUGGGUCAAACGUUUCGGGUAGCCUUCCACAAGCUUCCCACAAUAAGUUGGGUGAAUUUUGGCCCAUUCCUCCUGACAAAGCUGGUGUAACUGAGUCAGAUUUGUAGGCCUCCUUGCUCACACACGCUUUUUCAGUUCUGCCCACACAUUUUCUAUAGGAUUGAGGUCAGGGCUUUGGGAUGGCCACGCCAAUACCUUGACUUUGUUGUCCUUAAGCCAUUUUGCCACAACUUUGGAAGUAUGCUUGGGGUCAUUGUCCAUUUGGAAGACCCAUUUGCGACCAAGCUUUAACUUCCUGACUGAUGUCUUGAGAUGUUGCUUCAAUAUAUUCACAUAAUUUUCCUUCCUCAUGAUGCCAUCUAUUUUGUGAAGUGCACCAGUCCCUCCUGCAGCAAAGCACCCCCACAGCAUGAUGCUGCCACCCCCGUACUUCACGGUUGGGAUGGUGUUCUUCGGCUUGCAAGCCACCCUAUUUUUGUUUCAUCAGACCAGAGGACAUUUCUCCAAAAAGUACGAUCUUUGUCCCCAUGGGCAGUUGCAAACCGUAGUCUGGCAUUUUUAUGGCAGUUUUGGAGCAGUGGCUUCUUCCUUGCUGAGCGGCCUUUCGGGUUAUGUCGAUAUAGGACUUGUUUUACUGUGCAUAUAGAUACUUUUGUACCUGUUUCUUCCAGCAUCUUCACAAGGUCCUUUGCUAUUGUUCUGGGAUUGAUUUGCACUUUUCGCACCAAAGUACGUUCAUCUCUAGGAGACAGAACUCAUCUCCUUCCUGAGCGGUAUGACGGCUGCGUGGUCCCAUGGUGUUUAUACUUGCGUACUAUUGUUUGUACAGAUGAACGUGGUACCUUCAGGCGUUUGGAAAUUGCUCCCAAGGAUGGACCAGGCUAGGUCUACAAUUUUAUUUUUGAGGACUCAGCUGAUUUCUUUUGAUUUUCCCAUGAUGUCAAGAAAAGAGGCACUGAGUUUGUAGGUAGGCCUUGAAAUACAGUCACAGGUACACCUCCAAUUGACUCAAAUUAUGUCAAUUAUCCUAUCAGAAGCUUCUAAAGCUAUGACAUCAUUUUCUGGAAUUUUCCAAGCUGUUUAAAGGCACAGUCAACUUAGUGUAUGUAAACUUCUGACCCACUGGAAUUGCGAUACAGUGAAUUAUAAGUGAAAUAAUCUGUCUGUAAACAAUUGUUUGAAAAAUUACUUGUCAUGCACAAAGUAGAUGUUCUAACCGACAUGCCAAAACUAUAGUUUGUUAACAAGAAAUUUGUGGAGUGGUUGAAAAACAAGUUUAAAUGACUCCAACCUAAGUGUUUGUAAACUUCCGACUUCAACUGUAUUCCCUCAGUCCAUUCUCUUCUGUUUGGGACCUAAUGAACAUGACCCUGGUUUCUCUCCAUGUGACCCUUGACCUUGUCUCAUCUGGUCUAUGGGUUCAACUCCUGAAAUGAUCACAUACUGUACUAGAAAUGGUACACUGAAUUUACAAAACAUUAAGAACACCUUCCUAAUAUUGAGUUGCACUCCCUUUUGCCCUCAGUUCGUCGGGGCAUGGACUCUACAAGGUGUCGAAAGCGUUCCACAGGGAUGCCGGCCCAUGUUGACUCCAAUGCUUCCCACGGUUGUGUCAAGUUGGCUGGAUGUCCUUUGGGUGGUGGACCAUUCUUGACACACACGGGAAACUGUUGAGCAUGAAAAACCCAGCUGCGUUGCAGUUCUUGACACAAACCGGUGCGCCUGGCACCUACUACCAUAACCCGUUCAAAGGCACUUAAAUAUUUUGUCUUGCCCAUACAAUCCAUGUCUCAAGGCUUAAAAAUCAUUUAACCUGUCUCCUCCCCUUCAUCUACACUGAUUUGAAGUGGAUUUAACAGGUGACCUCAAUAAGGGAUCAUAGCUUUCACCUGUUCUGGCAGGUGUUCAUAAUGUUGUGUCCACUCAGUGUACACCCUCACUGUACUGUCAUGUUGGAUCAAAUCAGAUUAUCAUAAUAUUAUUAACACAAUAAUGACUGAAUAAAAUAAAUAAUUAAUACAAUGGCUCAGAGAAAGAUAUUUUGUUUAACAAGUCAUUUUAUUUAUAAAUAAGAAAAUAAUAAUUUGAUGAGUGGAAAAGUUAGAGGGUCAAAGAUCAUACCCCCAAGACAUGCCAACCUGUUAUUGAAUGAAUCGGGAAAUUUUAUGAUCAUACCCCCAAGACAUGCUGUUAUUGGUGAGAGGUUAGCAUGUAUUGGGGGUAUGAUCAUCAAAUUUCCCGAUUCAUUCAGGAUUAUCCGUAAUCAUGGUAGCAUCCACAUUAACAUAUUAUUUUCUUAUUUAUAAUAAAAGUGACUCCAAAAUGACACAAUACAUUAUUUACCAUUCAUUGCUAUUGGGUACAAAAUAAUCUGAGACACAACCAAAACGAACUGCAUCCAACCAGCCUGUAGAGUCCCAUGCUUGAUGUAGUUAUUGCGUGGAAUAUGGGACCAAAUACUAAACAUUUGACCACUUUAUUUCUACGAAUUUUUAGGGGUGUCAAUCAUUUUGACCCUUACCUUUUUUGAGAAAAAAAGUAUGACUUUAUACUAAAUCUCUUUCUCUGAGCAAAUGUAUAAAAUAAUAUACACUACCAGUCAAAAGUUUGGACACACCUACUCAUUCAAGGGUUUUUCUGUAUUUGUACUAUUUUCUACAUUGUAGAAUAAUAGUGAAGACAUCAAAACUAUGAAAUAACACAUGUGAAAUCAUGUAGUAACCAAAAAAAAGUGUUAAACAAAUCAAAAUAUAUUUUAUAUUUGAGAUUCUUCAAAGUAGCCACCCUUUGCCUUGAUGACAGCUUUGCACACUCUUGGCGUUCUUUUCUGGUUACUACAUGAUUCCAUAUGUGUUAUUUCAUAGUUUUGAUGUCUUCACUAUUAUUCUACAAUGUAAAAAACUGUAAAAAAUGAAGAAAAACCCUUGAAUGAGUAGGUGUGUCAAAACUUAUGACUGGUAGUGUAUACACUACCAUUCAAAAGUUCGGGGUCACUUAAAAAUGUCCUUGUCCAUUAAAAUAACAUCAAAUGGAUCAGAAAUACAGUGUAGACAUUGUUAAUGUUGUAAAUGGCUAUUGUAGCUGGAAACGGCUGAUUUUUAAUGGAAUAUCGACAUAGGCGUACAGAGGCCCAUUAUCAGCAACCAUCAGUCCUGUGUUCCAAUGGCACUUUGUGUUUGCUAAUCCAAGUUUAUCAUUUUAAAAAGGCUAAUUGAUCAUUAGAAAACCCUUUUGCAAUUACGAUAGCACAGCUGAAAACUGUUGUGCUGAUUAAAGAAGCAAUAAAACUGGCCUUCUUGAGACUAGUUGAGUAUCUGGAGCAUCAGCAAUUGUGGGUUCGAUUACAGGCUCAAAAUGGCCAGAAACAAAGAACUUUCUUCUGAAACUCGUCAAUCUAUUCUUGUUCUGAGCAAAAUGAAGGCUAUUCCAUGCGAGAAAUUGCCAAGAAACUGAAGAUCUCAUACAGCGCUGUGUACUACUCCCGUCACAGAACAGCGCAAACUGGCUCUAACCAGAAUAGAAAGAGGAGUGGGAGGCCCCGGUGCACAACUGAACAAGAGGACAAAUACAUUUGAGAAACAGACGCCUCACAGGUCCUCAACUGGCAGCUUCAUUAAAUAGUACCCGCAAAACACCAGUCUCAACGUCAACAGUGAAGAGGCGACUCCGGGAUGCUGACCUUCUAGGCAGAGUUGCAAAGAAAAAGUCCAGUGUCUGUGUUCUUUUGCCCAUCUUAAUCUUUUAUUUUUAUUGGCCAGUCUGUGUAUAGUGAACAGAGCCCCAGGACCAGCUUGCUUAGGGGACUCUUCUCCAGGUUCAUCUCUCUGUAGGUGAUGGCUUUGUUAUGGAAGGUUUGGGAAUCGUUUCCUUUUAGGUGGUUGUAGAAUUUAACCGCUCUUUUCUAGAUUUGGAAAAUUAGCGGGUGUCGGACAAAUUCUGCUCUGCAUGCAUUAUUUGGUGUUUUUACGUUGUACACAGAGGAUAUUUUUUGCAGAAUUUUGCAUGCAUUCUUGGUUGGUGAGCGGACCCCAGACCCCUCCCCCCUCUCUCUCUCUUUCCCCCUCUGAUCUGAGCUACUAGAUCUGAACGUCUGCCCCUCUGUCUGACUGUCUAUCCCUCCGUUAUCAAUGUCUGUCUCUCGCUCUACUUUCUCUUGUGUGGAUCUGUCUGUGUGGCUCUCUAACUGGCCGUCCUGUCUCUCACUCUACCCUCUACUUUGUGGAAUGGAUUUGUAAGUGUAUGAAGGUUUGGGUCAAUUCCAUUUUAAUUCCUGUCAAAUCAGGAAGUACAUUGAAAUUCUAAUUACAAUUCUCUUCAAUUGGGAAAAUGUGGAAUGUGGGUUUACUCUCUGAACCCCAACCCUGAUGUGUAUCUGUGCUGCUUUCUCACUGUCCCUCCCUCCAUCUCCCCCGCAGAGCCCCUGAGCCCCAGAAGCCCCCUGGGUCUAAACCCCUGGAUGAUGUGGUCCGCUCCUCCAACCACUACGAUCCUGACGAGGAUGAGGAGUACUACAGGAAGCAGCUGUCCUACUUUGACCGACGCAGCUUCGACAGCAAGGCCAUGAACCCCAGCCCUGGCAUCAACCGCUUCCCACCACAGACCCAGCUGGCUUACCCUUACAACAGGUACACUACACUACCCAGAACCCCUACAACAGGUACACUACACUACCCAGAACCCCUACAACAGGUACACUACACUACCCAGAACCCCUACAACAGGUACACUACACUACCCAGAACCCCUACAACAGGUACACUACACUACCCAGAACCCUUACAACAGGUACACUAUACUACCCAGAACCCUUACAACAGGUAAACUAUACUACCCAGAACCCCUACAACAGGUACACUACACUACCCAGAACCCCUACAACAGGUACACUACACUAAUAAUAAUAAUAAUAAUAAUAAUAAUAUGCCAUUUAGCAGACGCUUUUAUCCAAAGCGACUUACAGUCAUGCGUGCAUACAUUUUUGUGUAUGGGUGGUCCCGGGGAUCUUUGCGCCUUUUCUUUUUCAAUCAUUUUGAAAAGUAUUAUCCAGACUGCUUUGGGUGGAUGGAAGGAGCCAUAUUUCUGCUAGAGUCAUGCAGUAACUGGAGAGACUUGUGGCUUCCGUUGAUGCAAUGUCUGAUGCAAGAGAAAAGAGGGACUAAACCAAGCGUGUGACUGCAGAAGAGACUGCUUCUAGUGACAAUGGAACUUGUAGUCACUAGCGAUACACAAAGUACUGGUCCCCUUACAGUAAUGAGUGAGCACAUAUUCUAUAUGGAACAUCACUAAGUGCAGUGCUUAUUAAUAUAUCAGAAAUGUACAUUUUAGAUUAUACAGUGGGGGAAAAAAGUAUUUAGUCAGCCACCAAUUGUGCAAGUUCUCCCACUUAAAAAGAUGAGAAAGGCCUGUAAUUUUCAUCAUAGGUACACGUCAACUAUGACAGACAAAUUGAGAAUUUCUUUUCCAGAAAAUCACAUUGUAGGAUUUUUAAUGAAUUUAUUUGCAAAUUAUGGUGGAAAAUAAGUAUUUGGUCACCUACAAACAAGCAAGAUUUCUGGCUCUCACAGACUUGUAACUUCUUCUUUAAGAGGCUCCUCUGUCCUCCACUCGUUACCUGUAUUAAUGGCACCUGUUUGAACUUGUUAUCAGUAUAAAAGCCACCUGUCCACAACCUCAAACAGUCACACUCCAAACUCCACUAUGGCCAAGACCAAAGAGCUGUCAAAGGACACCAGAAACAAAAUUGUAGACCUGCACCAGGCUGGGAAGACUGAAUCUGCAAUAGGUAAGCAGCUUGGUUUGAAGAAAUCAACUGUGGGAGCAAUUAUUAGGAAAUGGAAGACAUACAAGACCACUGAUAAUCUCCCUCGAUCUGGGGCUCCACGCAAGAUCUCACCCCGUGGGGUCAAAAUGAUCACAAGAACGGUGAGCAAAAAUCCCAGAACCACACGGGGGGACCUAGUGAAUGACCUGCAGAGAGCUGGGACCAAAGUAACAAAGCCUACCAUCAGUAACACACUACGCCGCCAGGGACUCAAAUCCUGCAGUGCCAGACGUGUCCCCCUGCUUAAGCCAGUACAUGUCCAGGCCCUGUCUGAAGUUUGCUAGAGUGCAUUUGGAUGAUCCAGAAGAGGAUUGGGAGAAUGUCAUAUGGUCAGAUGAAACCAAAAUAUAACUUUUUGGUAAAAACUCAACUCGUCGUGUUUGGAGGACAAAGAAUGCUGAGUUGCAUCCAAAGAACACCAUACCUACUAUGAAGCAUGGGGGUGGAAACAUCAUGCUUUGGGGCUGUUUUUCUGCAAAGGGACCAGGACGACUGAUCCGUGUAAAGGAAAGAAUGAAUGGGGCCAUGUUUCGUGAGAUUUUGAGUGAAAACCUCCUUCCAUCAGCAAGGGCAUUGAAGAUGAAACGUGGCUGGGUCUUUCAGCAUGACAAUGAUCCCAAACACACUGCCCGGGCAACGAAGGAGUGACUUCGUAAGAAGCAUUUCAAGGUCCUGGAGUGGCCUAGCCAGUCUCCAGAUCUCAACCCCAUAGAAAAUCUUUGGAGGGAGUUGAAAGUCCGUGUUGCCCAGCGACAGCCCCAAAACAUCACUGCUCUAGAGGAGAUCUGCAUGGAGGAAUGGGACAAAAUACCAGCAACAGUGUGUGAAAACCUUGUGAAGACUUACAGAAAACGUUUGACCUGUGUCAUUGCCAACAAAGGGUAUAUAACAAAGUAUUGAGAAACUUUUGUUAUUGACCAAAUACUUAUUUUCCACCAUAAUUUGCAAAUAAAUUCAUAAAAAAUCCUACAAUGUGACUUUCUGGAAAAAAAAUUCUCAUUUUGUCUGUCAUAGUUGACGUGUACCUAUGAUGAAAAUUACAGGCCUCUCUCAUCUUUUUAAGUGGGAGAACUUGCACAAUUGGUGGCUGACUAAAUACUUUUUUCCCCCACUGUAUAUAGUUGAUAUAGUAGUUGUUAGGAACCGCCAUCCAAAGAGACGUUCCAUAAUAAAAGUCCCAUCCUCAACACACAGAAUACCAUCUGCAUCAACCAAUGGAGAAAUAAUCUGGACUGACAUGUCUUAUCAAUGUGGGACUUUUACUGUGGCGGGUCCCUAAACUACAGUGCAGUACAAAAUGAGUCAAAUAGUCCCUUGUUGACACAAACACAGGUAAAGCCAUUGUCACACAGACACUCUGGGAAGAGAGGCAGUCACAGGACACUACUAGCAGCAGGUUAGAUUGCUCUUGUGCGCUCUAGGCACGCGCGUUGAUGAUGUCAACAAACUCGGGCUUGAGGGAGGCUCCACCCACCAGGAAGCCGUCCACAUCGUUUUGGGAGCCCAGCUCUUUGCAGUUGGCCCCCGUCACGGAGCCUCCGUAGAUAAUGCGGACGGAGUCAGCCACGGCCUCAGAGACGUUGGCCCUCAUCCACUCCCUCAGCUUCUCAUGCACCUCCUGGGCCUGUUCGGGUGAGGCCGUCUUGCCAGUACCGAUGGCCCACACAGGCUCGUAAGCCAGCACCACUUUACUCCAGUCCUUCACGUUGUCUGCGAUGACCUGGGUCUGGGUGUACACCACCUCCUCUGUGGUUCCAGCCUCUCUCUCCUCCAGCUUCUCUCCGAUGCAGGCGAUCACCCCCAGGCCACUCUCCAGGGCAUGGGCCACCUUCUGACCAAUCAGCUCGUCGCUCUCCCCGAACACGUGGCGCCUCUCCGAGUGGCCCAGAAUCACCCACUCCACGCCACAGUCCUUGAUCAUCACAGGGCUGAUCUCGCCAGUGAAGGCCCCCUUGGCGACUUUGUAGCAGUUCUGUGCGGCCACGCCGAUCCUUGCAUCCAGGUUAGAGCGGGCAAAGUCAAGGUAGACGGUGGGAGCACCACACACCACCUCGGUUUCAUCGUUGAGGCUCGCAGUGUUCAGGGUCGUUAUAAGGUUGCCCAGGCUCUUCUUGUCACCGUUCAUCUUCCAGUUUCCUCCUACGAAAAAUGUUCUGGACGACAUGAUGGCUGGGCGGUAGACGAUACCGGAAAAAAACGACGACACUAGGAGGUGAUGCGCUCGCUACCCAGUACCCCUACAACAGGUACACUACACUACCCAGUACCCCUACAACAUGUACACUACACUACCCAGAACCCCUACAACAGGUACACUACACUACCCAGAACCCCUACAACAGGUACACUACACUACCCAGAACCCCUACAACAUGUACACUACACUACCCAGAACCCCUACAACAGGUACACUACACUACCCAGAACCCCUACAACAGGUACACUACACUACCCAGAACCCCUACAACAGGUACACUACACUACCCAGAACCCCUACAACAGGUACACUACACUACCCAGAACCCCUACAACAGGUACACUACACUACCCAGAACCCCUACAACAGGUACACUACACUACCCAUAACCCCUACAACAGGUAAACUACACUACCCAUAACCCCUACACCUGGUAAACUACACUACCCAUAAUCCCUAGAACCAUUUCCUUUCCAGCAGGCCCAGCUGGCUUACCCCCACAACCCUACCCAAAUCAACACCUAGCCCCAAGGCAUGUGUACUGUAGAUCUGAGAGGAUAGGUUCAAUCAAUAAGUCAGGCUGACCGCGUUUGAGAGGAUCAAGUCCUGAGUCAGAACUGCUAAUCUUGAACACAUAAUGAGUUAUUGGGGAAUUCAAGGUGACAUUGAUUUGUAGAUUAAGUGAUUCUGCCCAAAAUCGACUGUGACGUAGUUGAUCUUAAACACACCCUGUGUUGUGUCUGUGCUUCAGGGCGGAGUCUGUGGAGAAGGUGAGUCCGGUGGAGAAGAGGUACGACCCCCUCCCCCAGAUCAGCCCUGUGUCUCAGUACGGACCCCCCGGCCCUGCCGUACCGCCCAACAGCCUGCCCAAACUCAUCACCAACGAAGGUAAGAACAGACAGCCACAUGUCUCAGGGGAUCUCAAUAGCGAGGCAGUUAGUCUCCACCCUUAAUGUAACACUUAGUAUUAUCUAAUAUUAGUGGAGCCACCUCCCUUCAAAGAUAGUGUUACGUUUGAUAAAACAAAGAGCAGUGCGAAAAGUACUUAGAAUUAUGUUGACGUCUUCUUUAAGUGUAAUAGUUUAGUAAACCUCUGGCUGUAUGUAGGUGCUCACGUCCUUUUCCCUCUCUCCCCAGUGACCUCACACCCCGACCAGCUCCUCAGCUCCUCUCCAAAACCUGACCUCUCUGGUCUCCGCCCCCCUGUCCUCCAGGACCCCCCUUCCCAGCCCUACCUGGCCCAGAGGUCCCCAGUGGGGGUCAACGGCACUGACGCACCCCCCAAAACCCCUGGAACCACCCCCACCCCACAAAGCUACAACCGCUACGUCCCCAAGCCUUACACCUCCUCGGCCCGGCCCUUUGAGAGGAAGUUUGAGAGCCCCAAGUUCAACCACAACCUCCUCCCCAACGACAGUGGGAAGACAGACCUCCUGAUCAGUAGCAGCAUCCCCAAACCCAGCGUGGUCAACAACAACAACAGCAGUACCAAGCCACCGCUGUCCCCUCAGCCUCUGGACCACGACAGUGGGCUGGACACGUUCACACGCACCAUGGACAACAGGGGUCCCAAGUACCAGCAGCACAACAAC